ACCCUCUCUGUGUCUCACAAACGGAGGAGAGGAGGACAGUGAGGAAGAGGAGACAAGAGAGAAGGAGGAAGAAGAAGAAGAAGAGGGAGAGGGUGAAGCACAGAGAGAGUAAACCCGCGGAGAGAUGCCCGCUGGACGGAUGGAUUUUAUUUUCCCCGAGCUGUACGAGCCUCUGUAAGACACCAUGGGCUGCAUAGGAUCCCGGACGAUCAGUAAGCACAUGCCGCUUUCUUUUCCAGCCAUGUGGAGGGAGUGAGAGAGAGAUUGACAGACAGAGGAAUGCGCGUGCUUGGUUUGCAGGGCGGAGGUGUUUGGAAAAAGGUCAGAAGAAGAAAAAGAAGAAGAGAUCGUUUCACCGUGACACUUUUAGAGGAAUCCUGCAGGGAGUCACAGAGCUGCAAAUGUGUUUUUCCCGCUGAUGUGAACCCCCCUUUUUGAGAGAGGGGUGCAGGGUUUGUUUAGUUUACUACAGGGAUUAGAGCGAAGUGUGUGUGUGUCCAUGUGUGUGUGUUGGAGCGGAGACGCGGAGGGGAGAGGCAGGACAGACUGGCAGCAGGGAUGUGAGCGGAAUAAGAUGCGGUUUGACGUUCCUGACUCCACAUGGAUGACACCAGGCAGUGUGUGUGUGUGUGUGUGUGUGUGUGUUAGAGAGGAGAGAGGAAGCAUGUGUGUGUGUGUGAGACAGAGAGAGAGAGAGAGAGAGAGAGAGGGACCUCCGCCUUGACACAAAACUAAGGUCAUUGCAUGCUGGGUGACAGAGAAAACUCCCCCUUUCUCCCUCCUCUCCUAUCUCCUCCUCCCCUUCCCUCACCCCGUCUUUCCUCCUGUCCUCCUCUUCCCUCCUCACCUCUCCUCUCUCUUGUCUCUCCCUCUGCUGUGCGUCACACGGAGACGUAAUAAACUGAAGACGCAGGCAGUGCACAGCGAGUUUCACACAAACACACACACACACACACGCGUGCGCGCGCACAGAAAUAUGGAAAGGAAGCUUGGGAGCAUGACUCGUGCAGGAUGAGUCAGAAUCGGGGCUGGGUAAACUCAGGUGUGAGUUUGCACAUGUAGGUCAGAUCUGCAAUGUCAGUGAUUCUCUGCUAUACCUGUGAGGACCGUCUCUGACACCAAACUUCUAUUUUACUCAGUAUUUUAGUUUCAACUCAACAAAUAAAAGUCAGAUAAAGCAGUAGAAGAGUUAAGCGUUGAUAAAAUAUUACAAAUAAGAGUAUAGGAGACUGUAACAGGCGAAAUAAAACAAAAGCCUUUAACUGAACCCUUUACAUUUCAGUCAGAACACACAAAUGAGCAGAAACGACAGGUAUUAUGAAAUAUACAAAGAUGUCUCCCACUUCUAACUGAAUAAUACCUCUCCUCCAGCUCUCCUCGGCUUAUAAUAGCAGCCAGCAACCAACGUCUGAGUCAAUAGAGCCUAUUUAUUCUCUUUCAUUUAUUAUUGACACCCUCACUGAAAGGUUUAUUGACAGGCCACAAUGACGGUUAAUGUAAAGCUUUCAGUCUCGAACCGAUCCGAGAGCUCAUGUCUGAGUCACUCUGUUAGGUGUGUUUGGUUUCUUUUACCAUUAAGACAGAGAUCCGUGUACUAUGAUUCCUCAACCACGUUACAUUGAUUCAUCAGGUACAGGUGGGUUUGAGUUCUGUUGGGGAAUUUUGGGACACAACCAUGACUGGCUGUGGCAGCUAACCUGCAUUUUUCAUACUGACUGCGAUGACUGGUAGCUGCAUAUACUGAGUCUGUAGACUAACGGUUUUAAGAUCAUCUGAUUGUUGGUAUUUUGUUUUGGCAGAAUAAGUAGAUUAGGAUGAGAGGGCUGAUGGUACCGCCUCACUUCUAUCCUGAUUAUCUGGUUACCACAGCCUAAAGCACACCCACCUUUUCCCCAUCUGUAGUCUGUGUUGUGACUUAACUUCGCCUGCCGAAAUGAUCCAAAGAGCCACUGAGGUGUAAGAUAGCCAAGUGUACAGUUGACGCAUCUUCCUAACUAUUGUUUCCCACGUGUAAAUGAAACACUUAGUCCAAGUCACAUUUUUCUUGUUUAUUCUUCUUUUGUAAAAGAAACCAUAGCAAACUGAAGACAAAGCAAAUAAAGAUAUAGAUGGUCAAAAAACUGUUUGCUCCUCUAGCUACCAACACACCUGCCACUUAUUGCGUCUUCAACAAACAAAACCCAAGACUUCACACCACCUGGUGUGGCACCAGGACAAUUACAAGUUAAAUUUUAAAACAUAAACCCAAAGAAAAUAUGACAAAUGGCUCUUACAGUCUGAACAGGGUAACAACUGACAAAAGGAGCCCACCCAACCUCACUUCCUGUAGACCUGGAUCAGGGGUGUUGGCAAACUUUUUUCGCUAACACAACUUGCUGUAAUUUAUUGGCGUCCAUUAUCUUAUUGUGGUCUAGCUUAAAAUGACUCUGAAGAGGGGCAAAUCUUCGAAAAAGGACGUUUAAUCGUCGGCAGCUAGCUUAACAGUUGAUGAUGUCUCCGUGGCGAGGCGCUAGCUGCUGACUUUAAAAAGUCUUUCAGCCUGCUAGAAGCCAAGUUCGACCAAGUUCGGUUUACGGUGGAAGACCAUGGUUAAUGCCUGGGGUCCCUUGAGCUGGUGGCCUACGACCUUAGUCAAUGUAUGGAAACAUAUGUAUGGAACAUAUGGAAAGCGUAUGCUCCGGUCUACGGGAAGACAACUCUAAACUCAAGACCAAAGUCAUCGUCUUCGAGGGCCGAGGCAAACGGCAAAACCUACGUAUUCUGGGCCUGGCGGAGUCAACUGAAGGUGGGCGACCUACCAAAUUCUUUUUUGAGUUACCGUGCGAGGUGUUCGGGAAGGACACUGCAGUCUCCACCGGAGAUUGACAGAGCCCACCGCUCACUAACUCACGGACAUUGACCGCGCGGACAUUGACCGCGCCCGGUCAUUCUCCGGUCAUUCUCCGAUUACACCACUACAGGAUAAAAGAUCUCUCCAUCUGGGAGGCUCGACGAAGAGGGAGGCUGGAGUACUGGGGCCAGAAGAUUCAUGUGGUGGCGGACUACAGCCCUGAAGUUUUGAAUCAGCGUGCCGAGUAGAGAGAAAUGAUGGUGGAACUGUACAAGCGAUUCAAAGGUCCUGUGAGUUUUCUAAUAAUAGACUGAAAUUGACACGGAUGCCUGCUAUGACGUAUAGAAACAACAAAACAAUCAAUGACAAGAUUGAUGACUUUUGUAACCGUCUUGGCUGAGUGUCAGCCAAGAAGCUGAGAAGACGGCGCUGUUUGUACCUUUGACACAGUAAAUGUUCACAAUAACAGACAUAUGGCACGUAUCGCCCACUUCACAACAUCUUAAUCGACCAAAGGGCCAAUGGUGGUGGACAGCUCUUCACUCUUCGCUGCAGACAGAAAGGUCCAGAAGAUCUUUCGUACCCACAGCCAUCAGACUUUACAACUCUUUCAUAAAUUGUAGAUGACUUUUUAGACGUGACAAAUGAGACAACAAACAAUUGAAUUUCCCUUCAGGGAUCAAUAGUUAUUCUUAUUCUUUUAUCUGACAGUCAAAUAUCAUUAAAGGACACGACUGAAACACGCAAAUGACCAGCUAAGCAAAGACUGCUUUGUCCACAAACAAAAAUAUGGAACACUGAAAUGCUAUUUUACGCAAAGCUAACUGCCAAACACUACUUAGAAUUCAAGGGUUUACCAGUUCGGGUUUAAGAGGGCCAUGUAACGCCCUGAAUUCGCCCUUGACAUAAACACAGGCAGAAGGGGGGAGCUGAAGUAGACAUACAGAGACAGGGGUUGCAAAUUAACCCUAGCUAUUAACCUGUAAGCAUGGCGCAUGUUUCAUGCAUUUGUCCCUGUCAAAAAAACAAAACAAGUAAAUAAACAAGUUUAUACCUAUGUGCCACUUCUCAAACAAAAUCAUCGUGUUUUAAGUCUUAAAAAUAGCUGUAAGAAGUAAAGACCAAAACAAAAUGUCCUCACUUUCCAAAAGUGUCCUCAAUCUCCACGUCUCUAACUGGUCCUUACAGAGACAGGAGAAUAAGAGACCGCACACACACACACAUAGCUUUGAAUUGCUAUAGAAGCCUCUUCAACUCAGACACUGAGACCCAAGAGGCACUUCAAACUGCUCUGCUGUCUGUUCAGGGAAAGCGUGGUCACUCAUCUGUGUGUGUGUGUGUCUGUAUCAUAAUUUCCCAUUAAGGGAAGCAUGCAGCUGGUGCAUCCUGCCUCCACACGCUUAUGUAUGCAGACACACACACACAUGUACACACACUGUACACCAGAGGACCAGAUCACCCCCUUCUGUCUGUUAAACGCUCCAUCAAAGCCUCAUCAGCUGCUUUAUGAAAACAAAUGGAUGCUGCUGAGAGAUUUAAAUAAAUAAAGGGAGAGAAAUCUGACCUUUAAUUGUCAUUGAGCCAGGCGGAUAGAGGACAGAGAGGAUGGAAAGAAAGGAUGGAGGCUGUGGAUGGUAAAGGAAGGGAAAGAGUGGAGGUUUUCUAGCAGUGGGUGAUUGUGGUGAAAAAGCCAAAAUACUGUCCUGGUGAAUUUUGGUUUCAUAAGUGGGUGUGUUCCCCUUUUCGUUUGUGCUCUCUCCUCUCAUCUUAUCUCUAGCGUCUCUCUCUCUCUCUCUCUCUUUCUCUCUUCAUCAUUCGAGGUGUCAGAAGUAGAUCAAAGCGUAUUACGUUAGCUAUGUGCCGGGCACGUUAUCUCACUCCUCUUGAUAUUCUCAUUUUUGGAAACAUGCGCUCCAGUCAGACACUGUGAGGAGAGCCGCGAGGGAGAGGUCGACUGAAUCUGCGGAGGUGCUCCUGGUUUUCUUUUAAGUCUCGGCUAAACGCAGGGGAGACGGAGUGAUGAAGUGUGGGAGGGAAAGUAAGAUAGAUGAAGGCUUCAAAACUGUUGCAUUAAACCACAAAACUGCAGUUAAUCAUCGUUCGUGGAUGUGUCAAACAAAAGCUCAUUUCACUCCUGCAAACUCAGACACAUCAUGAUUCAGCUGAUUAUUUUCCAGCACAGGUACUUGUUUUUCCUCUUGUGAAUAAAAGUCACACUUCAUCCUCUCAGUUUUGUCAGACAGAAUAGAGGAUCAGUAACUUGGUGGUUUGUGAAAUAAGCAACAGCUGGAUGAUACACACGCACAGACUUCACACCACCAUCUUUUAUUUGACCUUUCUCACAUGUGGCUGCUUUGAAUGUUUGUGGGUGUUUUUGCACCUUAUGUGAGUUUAUGUCCCUUUGCAUAUGAAUCUAUUUUUUGCACAUUGUGUAUCUCAGCCUUUGUUUGUGUCUCUGUUUUUUUUUCCUUUUCUGUCUUUAUUUGUUUAGCCUUAUGGUUGUUUUGCAAGUUUCUGCAGAUAUCUUGUUUAGCUUUGUUUGUGUCUCCUUUUAGACUUUUGUCUCUGUAGAGGCUUAAAUCUUUAUCGUUCGGCUAAUCUUCAAGAUUAUUUUGUUCGUUUGUGUAUCUCUGACAUAUCUUUAGUUUUUUGCUGCCUCUCUUUGUGGUUGUCUGUGUGCCCUUGUGUUUGUUUCUUUUGUGUCUUUGCCUUCAUCUGCAUUUGUUGUUUGUUCUGCAUAUUGAUAGUCUCUGUCUUUGUGGUUGAUUUAAAAAACUGAUAUAUGUUUUUCAUGUCUCCUUGGAAACUUUUGUCUUUCUUUGUGUUUGCAUGUCUUUUUAUGGUUUCAAUGUUUCUUUGUAUUUUUUCUAAUCAUUUUCUGUCUUUUGUUUUCUUCUUGUGUCAUUUCGUGUUCAUCUUAUAUCUCUUCAGUUUUGCGCUGCUUCUGUUUCAGGUUGUCUGCGUGUUCUCAUGUUUGUAUUUUUUGUUCUGUUUUAUCUUUUUGUACAUAUUUGUGUCUCUUUGUUGUUAAAUCAUGUUUUUUUUUGUUGUCUACAUGUUCAUGUGGCAUUUUUCUAAAACCAAAAUGCAUUUCUGAGUAUUUCCCCAUUUAAAUUGCCGUAAAUCUCUGGCAAACCCAAACAGCAAGCUCGGACACAGUGAGAUUUCGUAUGUCACAAAUCCAAGCUCCGCCCCCGGAGCCCCACUAUGCAGCCAGACUCGGAUAAUAGAGCGGACAAUCGAGGGUGUGCGUUAGCGGUUUGCAAUGCUUGUAAGAAAGCUAAUUAUGAUAUUAGCUUUCAUCAUGUCCCCAAGGACAUUAGUGUCUGAGAGCUGAAUAGUUCCUAUGUUACCUGCCACUUCUACUACACUGGUAAUGUUAGGCUACAGGCUAGCGUGAAGAGGAGUGUGCAAAGAAAUGCUGUCUCCGCCCACAACUCAGAAGCGAAUAGCUAAUGAGCUACUGGAGCUCUACAGAAGAAAAGUCCUUAAAAAUGACAGAGGUUAUAUGAUUUUGACUAAAACAACUUAAUAAUCACAACUUAAAGACCACUGAGAACACUUAUGGUAAAAAACAAAAAAGAUUGUAGUGGGACUUAAACUGUUUCUCCUAUGAUUGGAAAUGUUUCCUUGCCACUGUCACUUGCCAAGUGUUAGACUCAUGCAGCUGAAGAUAGUAUGGGACUUGAUCAUUAUGUCGGGUUUUCCAGUAAACAUCAUUUGAGCGUGCUUUUCAUCUCUUAGUUGUAAUUUUGCAUAUCUCUUUAUUUUAUUUUUGUGUUCUUUUAGCAUUGUUUGGUUGACUUGAUGUCAAAAGAUACUUAAAGCAGAGACCCUGUUCCUGUCUUCUAAAAGUCUGUUUGCUUAUCUGAUACAAUUUAAAGGCUCUGCAGUCCUUCCUAAAUUGGUUAUCCUUUGAAAUGUAGCGCAGGAAAGUCACAUCACUAAAACUCAUCCAGAGAGAUAAAUACAUGCAACAAAGGGAAGUCGGGGACAUGUGCCACCCCGAUCAUCUAGGCCAGUAUGAGCAGCGUGGAGGAGUAAAGAAGUAUGAAACUAAUAUGGGCAGAAAGAAACCAUAAAAUGUACAAAAAACAGAUUUAUAUGGAGGGAACUGUAGACAAACAAACUGUCUGAUCAUCCAAUCAAAUCUCCUCUAACAGGAAAAGACCAGGAAAUAAGACUCGAAAAAUCAGUUAGGAUCAGCGAGCAGCCAACCUGAUCCCUCCCUUUUAUUGCCUGCAGAAUGAUUCUUGCAAGGAGCAUCUAUUCUUACAUUAGCUGGAGUGAAAGUGGCAGCAGCUAAAAAUAGAUCCGGGGUAAAAGAGGGAGGUCAAUGAGAAAACGGAGGGAGAGGAGGGGAGGGAAAACGGUACAGUAAAUAUGGGUCAACAGCUCUCUGUCCAUGGAUAUAUAACUCAGCCUCGAAGAUCAAACGUCAUAGAAAAGAUGUGAAGAGACAGUCUCAUCUUUUUAGAAAAUCCUGAAAACGAAAAUUGAUUUCUUGUUCUUUUGUGACUCUGCAGAAUCAUUGUGAUCUCAUCUUUUAAAGCACCAUGCUCUGCCAUCACAAACAAUCCUCCUCCAGUCACAGUAGAGCUGAUGCCUCACAGUCAUCACUCGACAGCAGGAGGGUCACAAAGCCAGGCUCCCAGGCCAACAGUUUCAUCCCCACACUUCGCAGCGAGGCCACAGAGGCGACUCUUUUUUGCAGCUGACAGAAGCUCGCACUAAUAAAAAAACCACCACAGAGAAAGGAUUAAGGCUUCAGAAAAGCUUUAAAUUGUCAUCGCAGGCUGUUCACAUCCACUGUGUGAGAGAUCCUCCCAGCAGAUUUAUGACAGCUUUACCUGGAAAACAAAAUCUGCACUGCAUUGCAGCUGAGUCUAGACUGUUCCUAAAUAUAUCUGCUCAGUUGUCUCUGGAGUUGUCAUCAGGGAACUUACAUCUAAAGCUGCUCGGUGUAACCUCUGUUGACAGCGUUUGACCACAUGGUCUGGUGGAUAACAAUGACUUCAAAGCUCCUGCGCACCAGAGAGACGUACAAAGAGGCGUGUCGGAUAAAUCCUGACUAGUUUUGAGAGUGAAAGAGAGUCAAAAUCCUGCACAUGGCCAACCCCGAGGACUCGGUUUGUGUAGCUGUACUAAAUCUCAACUUCAGAGAGUUUUCUGUUCAUCCAAGAGAGAAGGAAAGGGUGAGACUAAUUCAGGUGCUAGUAUGCGAGUUUAUUGAAUCUACUUACUUCUCAUCAACACCAGGGUCGAGUACGGCUGUUCCACCUUCUUUGUCCUUGUGGGUUUUUCAGGUGGGUAUUGAGGCUGACACUGGAGGCGUGUUUUUUCAUGCAGUGUGGGCAGUGGUGGGCGGUGACGGUGUUUGGUUUUGUUUGGGCUUUCUGGAGAAGGAUCUCUCCUUUCUCAGUCGGGGUUGGUUUUCUGAAGUGCAGUGAAGGUCACAUCUAGAAGUUGAGUAAAAAAGUUUUUUUCAGGACUGAUAGUGAUUAUCUGUUUUGCAUUUACAGUCAAAAUGAGAAACUACAGAAUUUAGAGAAUUACAAAAUUUGACACAACACAAAACUCUAUUUCAAGCUGAUGUUGGUGCCUCCUGUGUGCAGGACAUCUACCCCUGAUGGUGCCUUGAGGAUUAAAAAUUACUAUUCAGAAUUUUACACCUUGUUUCAGACAGACUUAUUUGCUUUUGUACUUCAUACAAAGACAUCACUUCCAAUUCCAACUGGUUUUGCAGCCAGGUUACACUCCUCACAGUAGCUUUAACGCCUAAAGCAAACGAUUGAUAACAACUGAAACUUUGAACAUCAGACAAAGGAGUACACAGCUGAGCAGUUCAAAUUUACCAUACAGUUUAGUCGAACAGGGGUGUGACAUCUAGCCAGAUAGUGUUAGUUGUGCAUUUUUAAUCUGUAAAGUCUAACAGCCUAAUUCUGAAAAACUACCCCGAUAGUCAGCCGAGGAUGAUAGUUGGUCGACCUCUAACGAUAAUAAAACUCAGCAGCUUCAAACACAAGUUCUUUCUCAGAUCUGGUUUUAUCUGCUUUGCUCCUCUUGGUGUCUGAUGCUCAUUUUGAUGUUGUCCUAAAACUUUCCUUUUGGUUUUCUGGAGGUCAAAUUGUCUAAAAACUUGGACUUGUGCUGGAAAGUGAAAAUCAGGCAUAUGGGCGAGAUGGUUGAUCCAUCUCAGCUGGUGGUUGGUAAUGGUGGCUCUAAUGGUGGAGUUGUUUACUUUCUAGCAGGAGACUGGUGCAUUUACUAACCUCACUGAUCUGAGGCAUCUCUGCUGAUGUGACUCUGGUAAGUGCCUGUUACAAGCAGAGUUGCAACGAAUGUGAAUGUUGAGAUUAGGCAGUCUGUGAUUGUGGGUGAGCGUAGCAUGAAUACAUGCAGCAGAAAGGGAGAAGCACGACUUCAGCUGCAUAAGGAGCCAAGUGAGUACCUGACAGCACAUUUGUGUGCAGGUGUGGACGUAUUCAUAACUGCAGCGAAACAUUCAGAAAAUAGCUUCUAUUUUCUGAACUCUACUGAGUUGUUUACUUUAAUGGCGCUCUCUCUCUCUCUGCUUUAUCUCUAUGUCGAUUAACCACUGUUACUUGCUCUCUCACUUUCACUCACAGCAGCUUCUGGUUGAAAAUAUGACUGUGGAUCAUUUUUUCCUCAUAGGCUUUGGUGCUUUUUGAUAUGAGUGAACGUCAAAAUGACACAUUUUGUUGUGUUUAAAGCAUGUGAUAUAAAAAAAAAGUAAUAUAGACAUAGAUAAAGACAAGUCCUGAUGGGAGGUGUCUGGGAUUGGCUGCUCUGUGUCUGCUCUCUGCUUGGGUGACUCAAGGAUCCCAGAGUACGUAGGGUCGGUGUCGCCUGUCAGAGGACUCAGCAGAUUCAUGACGCUACAUCCUGAUACUCUCUGAUCGACGGUACAUGAUGUUAUUUUCGACAUGAAUACUGGGCUAACAUGAAAACUCAUGACUUAAAGAAACAUGAACUCAAAGACCGCUCACCGUCUGCCCUCUAAACAAAAAAAGAUUUCCUCCUCUAUUUCUGCACCUUCACCAGCCUCCCUCAGAUGGUGUUUCAGGUAUCACAGAAAGAGCUUGUGGAGGGAAUCUCACCUCAGCCUAACUUAUGAUCUUUCUUCACGUAGAUCACUUUCUUUCACAUGACGGAAGAACUCAGCUCGAGCUUCACGGUGCAACUGAGGUCUCUCGAUGUCAACUCCACCCACUGCUGAUGAAAAUACUUUUCAUUCACAGAUUGACGUUGUGAUGCAGCACAGCGAGAGGGAGAGAAAUAUUUGGGCAUCGUUUAGAUUUCCAGCUACAUGAAGGAACAUGAUGAGCAAAGCUGAGUUACUAGGUUCAUAUAUUUGUUUGUGGUAGUAUCAAAAAGUCUAAAUUCACUCUUGAAACACACUUUAUCAAACAGUGUGGCUGUGUGAUGAUAACUUGUGAUUUGUCCCUUAAAUCUGAUGCAUUUGUUGUGAUAUGUGGUGCGUGUCUGUAGACUGAUGGAAAGAAAAGAAAGCAUGAGGCGCUCUGAGAAAACAUCGGGGAAUCAAAGAUGACUGACCUCUUUCUCUGAGUUGAUUUUUCUGUUUCCACAUCGCUCUUUCAGCCAUAUGCUGUCAUCAGAGACUCAAAAAGCUUGAGCCUCUUUGUCUGGAAGAAAAGCUUCCAGCAGCUGUUUUUAGUCCAACAGAUCUUCCUCCAAAUCGGAGCCGGUGGCUGACAAUGGGCAGAGUGGAGCAGAGCGGCAUGGGAGGUUAUAUGAGGCUGUGUGUCGUUCUCAGCGCUGACCAGGCUCCUGUUUGCGGUAAUUGUCCUGACGUGGAGAAGUGAAGCUGGAGUCAGACGCUGAAACAUGAAGGCAGGACUUCAGUCAAACAUGAAAGUCUGUUUUUGUUAUCAGAAAAGACCUCGGUGUAGAAAUAAUGAGAAGCCAAGGAAAACAGUGAAACAUAGUCUGAUAAAUUGUGAUGAAAACUAAAAAUCAUUUUCUUUUCUAGACUUAGUCGUAAACAUGCUCUUUACUCUUUUUUUUUAACACUAACACAAUUCAGAGCUCUGCUGCUAGAGAUCUAAAUUAAAUCGAAACAUGAUCUGGAUGUAAAGCUCACAAAAUAUUCAGGAUAGUUGAGCAUUUAGCAGCUAAAAAGACAGAAAAGAGAAGGUGAAUAUGUCUCUUACACACUUACCUGCACACUGAACGAAGAAUCAAAGGGCAAAGGUCAAAGUUUUGGUAUUUGGAGCUUUCUGGUUUCUCUCGGUAGUCAGAGGAGAAGUUGAAUUGACCGCUGACAUUUGAGCAGGCCGGUGCGGGGAAACAGUCCAUGCGCAGAGCAAAAGAAGCAAAAGGCAAAAGUCAAAUCGCAACCUCUGAACUCAUCAGCUUACGCCUGCUGACAAGCGGGCUUUUCAUUUAUCUCCAACAAUGUGAUUCUGAAUGAGUCUAGAGAGGUUUGGGUCACAAAUGCACCUGAACUUUAACUCCAAUCUUGCUGCUCGAGUCAAGAGUUGGACUGUAAAUACUUGGAAUCGCAUGCACAGCCAAGUCGAGCUACAUUCAAAGCUCGAUUAGGUGAUUUAACUGAGUCACUGUCCUUGUCCCAGUUUACAAGCACCAAGCAAGAAUUGAAUUAUUGACUGAAGCAUGUCCGCCUCUGCUACUGUCGGUGAUGAAUUCCUCUUUUCUGUUGUCUCCUAGUUGUGCUGUUUGUAAGGAAAGUUUGGUCUUUUUUACCCACUUUCUUCCUCUGUCAAGAUUUUGUUUGCUAUCUAACGCAUCCAUACUGUUGAACCACCGGCUCAGAGCCGAGCAUGCGAAGAACACUUAAACCAGUUUCAGUUCGACUAAGCCGUAAACAUGACAGAGAAAAUCGAUCUCCAACUGUAUUAUCAGGUAUGUUAACAUGACUAUGAGAAGUUUGAUUUUAGUCAGACUAACACGUUCAAAUACACGAGAUAACUUGAUUUCUGAUAUCAUCAUAGGGCUGAGUGAUAAACUAAUAAUUUAACAAUACCAAAAUUAACGACAAUAACCGACGUCAUUUUGCCCAUAUCGGGAUAUUCAGUGUCAAAAAAGAAAAAACAUAAAUAAAAGUUGGUUUUGAUGUGUGUAGGUAGACUAUGGUCUCAUGGUCCUUUCAGACGCUGUCCUACAUCAGAGACGUGACUCCACCCCAUCCAGUUGAACAAAAAGGGAAAGACAGGCGAGGAGGUGGAGGAUGGUUCAAAAGUUAAUGUGGGAGGGGGUGAGCAGCUUGUGGAGUAGUUAUCGUCCAUUGAUCGUAAUCGAGGUGAACUGCUCAGUUUAUCGUGAUAUUCGGUUUAAAGAAUAUACAUCACCUUCUUCAGUAAACAUCACAUCCUUAGCUACUCGACUGAAAGGUGAGCACAGUAUUAUAUACUCCCUCGUCUCCACUCCACCUCUCUGCCUCUCGUUAGGUGAAUCUAUAGUGAGGUUGAGUCAGCAUUUUCCAUACAGCAACUAUUUUUAGGCUUCAAAACUCCACUUAAGAAACCUCUGAGAGCAAGCCCAUGUUUUAUACAGUCUGAAGUUGAUGGGAACAAAGCAAACAUAAGAGGUUGUAAAAAGGAGGCACUGACAAUGAGGGGCCCUUCACUCUGCGAAACACUUCAGUGGCGUGAGAGAAAUCUUCAAAGUGUGAGAGCUGGCAGCUCAGAUUAGAGGCGGAGAAUAAGCUCAGACUCGAAACAAAGCAGCGCUCUCUCACACAACAUCAGUUUGUCCACGGCCAGCUGGUGUGCGGCCGACAUCUGUUCAUCCAAAACAUCGGCUAAAACAUCUCUGCUCGUAUGCCUCCCUGCAGUCAUCAUUACUGGACAAGAACAAAGUGUUUCUAUAUGGUUUGAUUUAAGUUUUGUUAACAUGUUUUUAAAUUCCCUGUAAGGGCCGGGCGAUAUGGCCUCAAAUCAAUAUCACGAUAUAUUAAGCAGUCCACCUCGAUAACAAUAAAUGAACGAUAACGAUCGUAUUUUUCGGACAAUAAGUCGCACUUUUUUUCAUAGUUUGGCUGGGUUUGUGUCUUCAUUCAGGUGCGACUUAUAUAUAUUAAAAUAUAUAAUUUUACACAUUUGUUAUUUUCACACUGACAACUACUAGAGGGCACUCUAGGCUGGGGUACCAGUAUCUGCUACUCCUGUAUGACUGAAGAUAUAAAAAUUAACGUUAACUCAUAUCGGCAACUAAGGAAGACUGAGCACAAAUGCAGCCAAAAAGAAAAUCAUAUUCCGCAGAUUACAAGAGGAAAACGGCAAUCAAGCAGCAGAGAGAGGGUUUGGAGUGAGGGAGGAACUUGUGAGGGACUGGCGAAAAGCGAAGGUCACUUUUACUGCGAUGAAGAAACAAAAAAAGCUAAUCGCAUGGUAAUACCUAGAUGGCUAGAUUUUUGUUAGAACUUGUCUUUCAAGAUUAAAUGUCUGUUCUUGGUCUUGGAUUUUGUAAACUAAAUUUCCCCCCAAAAAUGCGACUAAUACCAGUAUGUGUUUGUUUUCUUCAUUAUGCAUUUUUGGCUGGUGUGACUUAUACUCCAGUGUGACUUAUAGUCUGGAAAAUACGGCUGCGACAACUUUUGAACCGUCCUCCAUCUCCUCACCCGUCUUUCCCUCUUUGUUACGGACUGGAUGGGAUGGAGUCACGUCUCUGACAUAGACAAUAGCCUGCCUACACACAUCAAAAAAACAACUUUUAUUUAUUUAACUUAUUACUUUUUGACGUAAAUUUCGGUAUUAGUAAAUUUUUGGUUUAUUGCCCAGCCCUAUGCUCAGGUGUAACUGUUUCUGAAUCUGCUCGUAUAGCCUGACAGUCUGAUAUGAUAUACAGAGAAUACUAUAAGCUACAAAUUCAGUUAGCAUCAGUAGUGUAAAGAUUUUAAUUGAACAAGUCUGCCUUUGACUUUCUAUUGUGUGAGCACUUUCUAAAAACGGCCCCUUAGAAAAAAGGUCUCGGGGAUUAAGUCACCUCGGAGUUCAAGUUAUGAAUAUUUUAGUCACGUUUCAGCCCCAAAGCCUUUAAUUAACAGAUUUUGUGCUUCGGCGUGGUCAUUAUACAGCAUUGGAUGGCUCAAUGAGCAGUAAUAUUACAGUGUUACAGAGGUCAGCUGUUGACCCCUCGACUUCAUGGAGCUGAAUGGUGCCGUGAAAAAGCUGCAGAGCCUCAUUAUCAUGAAAAGUAUACUUUAUGCUUCUUUAAAUCAGCCGAACAGAUUUGCAGUUAUCUUUCUGCUGUGUAACAUAAAUUUACAAAGAGAUUAAAAAUGAAGUUUAUUCAUUAUAUAAACAUUAAAAGGUUGAAAUUUGGGCCAUUUGAGAUGUCAUUUCAUCCUCAGCUUUGCAGUGAGCAGUUGUAUUUGGCGUCUGUGUUACACUUGGCAGUAAAGUGAGACGCUCAGACAAAGAGUAGAGACUCGCAGUUUGGCAGGCAGCAGCUCCAUUUCCACAUAAAUACACACAGGUUAGAUAAUACAAGUCGCCUCUGAUGUGACACUCGGCCUGUGCAGUCAUCUAUGAAUGCAGCGCCAUCAGAGCGGAGUCCUGCUGCUUUUAUUUUUAGCCUGAAUCGAUUCAGGCCAGUAAUGGAAAGGGAAGGUGAUGCUUCCUUGAGGCUCAUCUUUUUCUGACUCUCUGGUUUCACAUGUUUUUUUCCCCCUCUCUAUUUGCAUUACAAUGGAUCUGCUGCCCAGUCUCUCCUGCAGGUCCUAAACACGGAGGCCUAAAGCCGCCAUGCCACAUGAAUUUUUAGCUGGGAUGUGACGAGCAGAGGAAGAACCGCUCCGGGUAGUUUCACUCUUUUCUAAAUGGCACUCUGAGGAAACAGCUUGAACUCUAAUUCUUAGAAUUCCUUAAAGAUGAUUUCGGUAAACUGGGUACAGCUCACGGUUACCGCCUCAGCUGCUUUUGUGUUGCUUUAGAGACAUGUGACUUCUACUCUAAAGAUGAGGGAAUCUAAGAGACACAGGAUAACUUCAUCUGAAUGUGAGCGCACAGCUCUGUCUCUCUUCAACGACUAAAACUGUCCUCACACAUCCUUAAUUGUCUUAACCCACUUAUCCUCUCCAAGGUCACAGAGGGCUGGAGUCUGUCCGAGAACACACUGUCCUCUUAUAAAAACCUUUAUCAGACCAGCACUACAGCUUAUCUAUGUGCUCUCUACAUACUCAGAUAGCUUGCUGUGUCCCCUGGUCAUGUGGUCUGCUCUGUUUGUCACAUAUAAAUGCACCUUAACACAAAAAAUCAGCCUAGUUUGUCUGGUAUUUUGCAGAAUAUUCUAGUGAGUGUAUAAUCCUGGUGUUGAUUAAAUUAGAUCUAAAUUAGUUUAGAUUAUCUCUUCCCUGAUUUGGUGAUCCUUUAGAUCAUGAAUCCAAAUAUUAGCAACAGAUGUUCACUAAUAUGAAAAUAGUAUUUAUGAGUUAGUUUAUGAAGUAAUAUGUCGCUCUGCUCUUGUUUAAGUGUUCCAGAAAUAUUGUGAUAAUAUUGUUAUUGUGAUAUUUUAUUGCAUAUUGUUCAAGCUCUUGUUCGUAAUUUAUCUCCUGUAGGUCUCUGAUAGGACUUAAGUAUAUUUAAAAGCUUUUUUCUACUCGGACACCCCCGUUGUGUUUGUUUCUCUAAGCCUGGUGUGUUUGAGGUGUCACCUUAUAAGGAGAGCCUCCCCCCUCCCCGAGCUCCAAAAUAUUGACUGUGUUACCUCUGCUAACACACACCUUGUGCACCUCUGCUAACACACACUCAUGCACACACUUAAAAGAUAUAGUGAUUUUGCCAUUGAGUCAAAGGUGAAGGACUCAAAGAGUGAUCAAUCAUUUGAUUGACAGGCGGCCAUGAGCAUCCUAAGGACAAAGGAGAGCUCUUCGUUGCCAAAUAAUUUAAUUAAUUCUAAGAAGAAAGACUACAAAAUGAGACUAAACUUAGCGUCAAACACACAUGUCAGUGUUUUGGAUCCAGAUAUUGGAAACCAUCUGCAGAGAUUGGUUAAGUCUGAGUCACAAGAACAUCACUGGGGUCCAUCACUAAGCCCUUAGAAAGCUUUAACCCCAAUCACUGAAUCAAUUCUACCAUCUCAGGCAGCAGAAAAGGGUCAGGGCAUUUGGUUUCCCCUGACGGUUUCUCAAGUAAGAGACAUCCAGGAUAUCGUGCUUUUACCGACAUGAUCUCAGAGCAGAGGCUGACUGAAGCACUGCAGCCAUGAGCGUGUUCUACCUUGAACAUUUAUUAGUCUGUUUUCUAAGUGCUGCCAGUUUUUGAAAAUACAAAUCUCAUUUUCCUCCAAAAGAAUGAGGCAGAAAAGGUCUCUAUUUGUAUAUGUCGUAUAAAUACUUCAGCACAUUAAUUCAAUAAAAUACACAGUUGUAAUUACAAUCAUAUCUAAUUAUACUUUAAUAGCAAAGGACCGAUGACAGCCUUAACCCUCAGCUGUGACUCUCAUGGCUUACAGUUGAUAAUAAGGAGUUAUGUGACUAUUCAGCGGAAACCUUGCCUCCACAACAAAAUGUUAACAUAUAUACAAUUUUAUAUAUUUAGUAUAUUGUGUCUGACUUUGUGUACAGGAACAUUUUCAUGUCUAAACAGAGGAGACAAGCUUGCAGGCUGCUGGAGAUAAGAACUAUGUGAGUGCAGAUAAUCCUUGUUAGGAAGCAAUCUUUGUUUAAUAGAAAACCAACAAAAUAGUUCAGUAAUCAGCGUGGACUCUCGGAGUGUGUUAAGCCGCUUGCCUGGAUAAAGCUUUUCUGUGUUUUGGGGGUGUUUGCGACACAGAAUUACUGAACGCCCCCAGAAAGACUGAACAGAAGGUCCUGAACACUAACAUGAAUUUAACUUUCAGUGAAAAAUACUGUCGUCAUCACAAAACAGACGAGUAUUAGUGUGUCGUUAGCUCUGCUGAUGAUCAACAACAUUGUUGAGGACAGCCUUAAAAGCACUGGGAUAUUAAAGUCUUAAAGAAGACAGUUCUUGGUCCCAGAAGUUAUAGAAAAGGAAAUAUUAAAGAAUAACUAAAGCUACAAAUUUUUCAUCAUUAAUAUUCUUGUUCAAAGCCUGUUGCUUGAUGGACUCACACUGGAAGACCUUUUGUAAUGUACGUAUGUAUUUACAACAUCAGCUCGAAUAAUAGACUGGUACGACAUCAGUGUUGUUUUUGUUGACGAUGACGUCUCCGUUAACGAAAACAACACUGCAGAAUAUAUGUUGAGUGUUUGACUGACGAAAUGCUCAUGAAUUUUGCGACACUGUUCGUCGUCCACCACUAACGUUUUCGUCUCGUCUCGUCAACGUAAACGCACAUUCGUCUCGUCACAUUUUAGUCAUCCAAGACUUAUGUUUAGCUCGUCAACGUCACGUCUUCGUCGUGGAAAAAAGGGCAUUGACGGAAUAUUUUCGUCAACGUAAACAACACUGGGCUUACUGUAAAAUCCACUCGCUUUGUGAGACCGACAGCUCUACGGUGAUAAAAUCUAAGAGUCUACAAAAUACAGCGUCUUUUCUGUGCUACUGAGAAAAUCUGUGUACUCUCUGAGACUGUCUGGAUCAAAUCACUCAAAAAUUAAAGUCCUCUGUGCUGACUAAAUUUAAGUAGUGGCAUUUCAAUCAUAGCUGGCUGAGCAGAAAACCUUUGAAAAAACAGACAUAUUUUGGGCAUUUGGAUCCAACACAGUCUGUCUGUGUGGGGCAAAGCCUCCAUAUUUGGGAUGCAAGGACACUAAAUAGGGCAGGAAAUGGGAAGAUGGCUGGGAGUGACAUGUGGGAAAAGGACUGCAGGUCAGAGGCAAAAUCAGGCUGGCUCCAUGUAUGAGGUGUGAUCAGACUACAAGGCAAGUGCUGCCCAGAGGUGAAACUAUUUUAAAGUCUUGUUUGUUCAAGCACUAAAAUGUGGAUUAUUACAUGUGCCUCUCUGAAAGAAACAGCCGACUCAGAAUGAAAGGUAUUUUUCCAAGCACAGCGAAGAGAAAGGACGGUUUGUUCUUGGAAUCAUAAAGAACACCAAGUUACAAACAGGAACCAGGGGCUGGCGGGGAUUUGGGGUGACCCAUGACGUCAUAGAAAUGUAACACCCCCCCCUCAUACACACACAGGGUGGGACAGAAAAAAGGACGGAUGGUUGGAUGGAGGUAUUACCCCGACAAGCCGUAGUGAGCAGGACUCCUUUAGUGUUUGGUGUUGGCUCAGAGCGUCCGUCACUGAAGCGGAGGUGAGUCAGACUCAGGACUUCACUUCGGAUCACUGUCACAGGCCGUGUGUCACCUCUCGCACACCUACACACACAGACGCACACACGUAGACACAGACACACACACACUGUGCCCUGAGCGAUGGCAGCAGACAGGCGAGGGUCUGCCAGAGAGAGCUGUCAGGACUUAUUGUUGCAGCGUCCCACAAUGCCUCUCUUUCCCAGACACUGGCUUGUUUAUAUUUAUGUUUGUGUAUGUGUGCGUAUGUAUGUGUGUGUGUUCAUGUGUAGCAUGUUGUGGGAAUGACUUGUUUGUGACAGCUCCCUCUUUUCCGCCCUGAUGAUCAGCUUUAUGUUUCCCCUCCAUCCACUUAUUUACAAACUCUCCCUCUCUCUCUUUCUCCGUUCGCUCAUAUUCUUCCUCCUCUUUUCUUAUAAAGUCUUUAUAUCCCCCUGGCUCUCUCACUCUUAACUCUCCUCCUCCUCACUUUCUGUUCCCACCCCUCCUGCCUCCACCUGUGUCCCUGUGGUGCAGUAAUACAGCUUUAUUAGUCCUCCUGGAGAAGUUAAAGCAAAGCAGUACUUUAAACACAUUUUCUACCACAAAUCCACCUUUUCCAUCUCUUAUCCUUUCUUUCCCUUGGUGCCUUUCACCCUCUGUCUGUGUUUUCUCUCUUUUUCUUUGUUCUUGAACAUCAGAUGAAGCAAAGAUGUCUAUGUUUUUGAAAUCAAGCAACCACAAUGUGCUGCUUCAUAGGAGAAACCAAAACAUACUCUGCAGAAGAAAAGCUCCUCUCAUCAUUCAUUUUUUCCACUCAGCAAAACCAAAACAGCGCUCACUCCUCCUUCUACUAUGGUGACGUAAGUGCGUUGUGUCAUCUUGAAAAUAAUCCGUGUGAAACAGCAAUGGUUGAACUUCUAAACGAGUACUUGAGACAGAGAAAAUUCCUCGAUCAUUUUUUGUAAUCGAGGUACUUUAGGUACUCGUUUCAGCCCAAGGAACCACAAAGUAUCAAGGCGAAAGAUGUCGAUGGCUCCAAAUAGUUAGAAACAGUUAUUAUCUUGAACUAGUUUUCAAUUCUGAUCCUUAGUCCCCAGCACCCUGGACCAUCACUUAGCUUCUGAAGCAUAUUGAGUAGAAAAUACAGCAACUAAAGUGACAAGGAAAGACGUUCAAAAGAAGCUAAAUAACAAGCAACAGUUAGCUUUCAUAGCCUGCCUUGUUUAAUUACUCUAAAGUCACAUUUAACCAAGAGAGACUUUAUGAGAUUUCUAGUUUGGACAGUCAGGACAUUGGUUCGGUUCAACCAUCUGCCCACAGAGCAGUCCUCUUUCAGGCUGCUUCCUCAUGAAUUAAAAUACUAACUCUUAAAAUCAGAGGAGGGUUUCGUCACGAGAACAUAGAAAUAUGUUUUGAGCCACAAUCUGACCAGACUGUCAUUUUGUGUUCCCUCAAAUAGGUUGCAGUUUAAGAUCUGCUCAAACUAAUCUUUGUAAUAAAACCGACGAGGCUAGGUUUCUGUUAAACUGUUUCGAAGCACACAAAGCUGCUGCAGUGUUAGUUUCCGUCACUGUUGUCCUCACAGAGCCUCUGUGAUAUUGUCCCUCAGGGCUGUGUUUCUGUAUUCUGAAGAUUAGGAGGCCACCGGUGUAGAUGCUGGUGCGGUUUAAUCUGUUUGGCAAAGAAGCAGAAGGUCUCAGGGAAAUGAAUCUGAGACAUCAAAGAAUGACAGAGAAGAGCUGGCUGCCAAACGGCCUGCUGCUGCUGCCGCUCGCUUCAUUUAGCCAAGAACAGACUUUUUAUAUCAGUCAAUCUGCUCAACAGUUCUGGCAUUGUGGUCCUUUUCUACUUUCAGACCAGUGAUACACGAUCUAUAUUUGUUGUUUUCCUAUAUGUAUGUAUGUAUUCAAACUGAGAGAGUCUGUCCUGAUAUUUAAAUGUCCACUGCACAUACAGGAGGAUAAUUUCUGAUGUUUACGUCCAGGGUUUCGUUUGAUGGAAAUCAAAGCGCUUCCCUGUUUUCUUCUUUUAAACCUGUGAGAGUAAAAAACAUCUGAGGUCAUUUUUUCCCUCUUUCAUGUCCGGUGGUCUCCUGUUUUGGUUUGACUCCACUGCAGAGACUUUGGUUACUCGAACAAACAGAAACGACCUUUUUCCUCAAAGGUCAGCAGCUUCACACAAACUCUAACAAAACCAGCGAAGCUCAGAUCUGCCGGGUUCACAGUCUAACAAGCAAACAUUACACCGCGGCCUCCGCAAACGGCAAACCGUAAUCACACUCCGAAUCUGAUUAAUUAACAAGUACAACGCUGGAGAACAAUCAGCAUCUGUCACAUCAGAGUAAUGCCAAUUUUCCACAAAGAGUCGCUGCAGUAAAACCAGUCCCAUACUUCUGCAGGAUCCUGAGCUCAUUAGUGAGAAAAAUCCUCGGCUGCACAGUGUGCCUUCACUCCGAUGGGUCAGUCAGCGGCAAAUAUAUCUGCAACAAAAUUGAUCAUUCCUUCGACAUUUUCGGUUAAAAACACGGUUGUUUGGAUCUUCAGUAAUUACAUGUUUAUCUGUACAGAGGUUCUUGUACCAAAAUGUGAACAUGUCUGAGGCAGAAAAAAAGCAGAUUUUCAGCCAAACUCCUGAUGAUAAAUCUCUGCUGCUGUGAUUGGAAGUCUUUUCAAUGUGCCUUUGACGCCAAGCGUGUCCUGUCACUUCAGAUUUAGUCAUCUGACCCAUUGUUUAAAUAAAGUUGCUGCUACUUUGUAAUGAAGUGCUGGAAACAGAAUACUCAGAGGGUUUCUGAAAGCUGCCGACUGCUGAUGGAAAAGUGCUGAUGAGAGGGAACUGAAGCAGUGAGCAGCAGCAGCAGCUCCAAUUUGCACAAACAAAAAAUGCAUUUUUUUCGACUUUCUACUUUCCACUUUGAGGCACAAGUAAAAACAGUGUUGAGUGAGUACUUAGAGGCAGAGUUGGAUAACGGAGGUCAAAGUACAGAAAAUUAGAGUCCAGUCACAAAAGAGGAAACCUCUUAGAAGUCUAGGUAAGAGCUCAUCAUAAAACGACUGAAUCGAAAUUAAAAUCAUCACAGAAAAUCACAGACAGGCUCAGCAGUCAUUCAGAGUUAGAGUGUAAAUCGUCGUUGGGUGUCCUAACACUGAGUGACAGUAAUGACUGUGCAGAAGGCUGAAUUUCCUCCAGGUGCUGCAGGGAACUCUGGGUAAAUGUCCAUCAAAUGCUAACAGAGUGAUCAGUAAUACAGCUAAAUAUUUGGACAUAUAACACUUAUUAGUCAGAACAGAUGGAGUUUGGAGGGUGCUGUUGGAGGAGUUCGACUAAUCGUACUUUAUAAUAUGAAAUCCUUUUUCUUCGGUCUCUACAAGCCGUGAUAAAAAGAUCAAGUUCUGACAAAGAUCAACAUAAUAGACUCAUGUCAUAUGAAGACAGAUUUACUGACGAGCAGAGGCGGUUGUUGUCACCUAGAUGCUACCAUACUACCACGUAUUCAAGGUUUGAUGAGUUCAUGAUCACGAGUUUACAGAUGGAGAUGUUUCAGGGUUAGGGUUUAUUUCAGAGAUAGUCACAGUAAAAGGAGUCAAGAAAAUCAAGUUUUUUCUUCAACUCAAUGUUUGAUUCACGUAGCAUGAUGCCCUCUGUCCCCCCGGCCUCUCACAGUCAGCCUUCUUCCAUUCUUUCUGCUCUUCUUAUCUCUCCACCCUUUCUACUUUUUUUCCCAGCAGGCUUUGCUGUUCUCCCUCAGAUGUACCUCCUACCAUGAGGUUUUGAGCUUCGAUCAAUCUCUCUGUUUGGUCCCUCUCUUACGUAUGCUCUUCAUUAUUCCCGCCAGCCUCCCCCCUCCCACAUCUCCUUCACCCUCUCCUUCCUCCAGCAGGGAGCUCCAUCAACUCCAGUCGUCUCUGGUUCGUGUGUUUGUGUGUGUGAGUUUGUAUGUGCCUCCAUGCGUGUGGGUGUGUUGUGUGGAGUAAAUGGCCUCCAGGAUCCCCUGGGUGGCAUCUCAGAUGUACUCACAGAGAGCAGAGUCAUGACUAAGACUGCAAGCCUUUCAUUAACUCUGAGAGAGAGACAGCAUGGCUCACAGAGUGGAAGAAGUCAGCUGAACCCACUCAGCACAUAGAAAUUGUCCUUCACCUCAAGUGUGGGGUCAGAUCUGAGAUGUGUGUUACUGAAUGUGGCUCACAUGUGUGGGUGUAGUUCACCUCAGGUAUCCACAGUGAGUUUGAUUUUGUUGUAAAAAAGUACGAUUAGUUUAUGUCAAUGUUACAGAUGGACAGAGUUAACCUUAAGCUGGUGACCACACCAGGAGAGUCAGUGGAGACCAGAUACAGACACAAUAAAACAAUAAAAAAUACGCUAAUAUUAAUCUGCAAUUAAACAAUGUUUUGAUUUAUUGGUCUUCUUUAGUAGGAUAUGGAGAGAUGAAAACACCUCCUCGCAUUUUUAUCGUCCUUGUAAAAGAGAGUUUUUAUAUUUUCUCCUCUAACCUCGAGAAGCUUAAACCAAGAAUCUGACUUUUCUUUUAGAAAGUUAGUUCAGAUAAAGUCAAAAUAGGUAACACUACAAUAACAUCAUUUACAUUUCAACCAAAAACGUUAGAGAUGUAAUCUCUCCACGCUACAACAAUGACAGUUUUUUCCUUUCUGUAUUUUCACUGGUUGUAUUUAUGUCUUCAUGUUCGUAUGCAGUAGUUUUUCAUUUUGGAGUCUGAACUUCACUUGCUACCAGGUGCUUCUCAGCCUUUUGCAGAACCUCUCUAUACAUAUAUGGGAGAACAUGUUACAAGACCUUCAGCAUGUCUUGUUGAUGUUCUGUAUUCUAGUUUGGUUUGUUUUCUGCUGUUGUUGUUUUGUCUUAACUGCUGCCUUAAAUAGACGCCCUCCCACUUCGAUUCAGUGGAACAAAAAUCAAAACACUGGCCGCUAAUGAUGUAAAAAAAAAAAUGUUUUGAAUCGAAACCUCCUGCAGUUUUACUGGGAGAAAAAUAUACCUGAGUGGCCCCGCUUGUAAAAAUACAUCAGGGUAGAAGGUCAGGAUCGUUUGGAAAUACAGUGAGAAAAUGUAGAUGCAUCCUGGUACAAUCAUGUGUACUGACUUAGUCCAAUCACACCAGUUUGUAAAAGCAAAGCUAUGCAUCCAUUAACUCAGAGAAGAUUUAUUCCUCCACUGAGAUUCAUUUAAGGGACCAUCUGAUUUUGAAAACCGACCAAUAGAGUAAAAAAAUGAAGCUUUGUUUCAGGCUUGGUUGUAUUUUAUGGACCUCUUGUUCUAACUUUGACACAGCACAACAUCUCCAAACUGAAUCUUUCACCUCUCUGCCACAAAUAAAACCCUGCCCCCUCCCUGACCGUCCCACCCUUCUUUGCCUUGAGGGGUUUUAUUAAUAUCGAUCGAGAAGGAAAGCUGAGGUCUCCAUUGAAGACAGUGUGAAGGCUGAGAUAUUUUUAGGCGCCGUCGAUUGGCAGCGGUCUCUUAUAGUGGGGGUGUGACCUGGCAGAGAGCUUCGAAUCAAUGCAGAAGGCAUCGAUGGAUGUUCGUCUAUAUGUUGAGGAUACAACACAGAAGGAAUAUUGGCUCUUUGAAGGAAGUAGACUGAUAAGUGAGUCCAGGCUGCCAUAUUGAUUUCAGCGAAUAAAUCCACUUCAAUUAGGCUUUUAUCAAACUGGAGAUGAGGAAGAGGUGAUUGGCUAAAGGAGGAUUUUACGAUGAGCUGAAGAAGAACUGAAGGCUUAAGAUGCUGCUCGAAACUAACUUGAUUCGAGAAGUGAUAUCAAAUUCAUGCAAUUCUCUCCAGAAGCCUCCUUAUCUCAACUUGUGGUAUUUGGAAGUAAAGUUGGACUAAUUUCAUCACUCUUGACUUGAAGUAUUUUUUCGUCCCUCGCAGCGUCUCGGAUCAAACUGAAGCCGCCUGGAGACGGAGCAGCGUUUUAUCUCAGUUCUUACACGGAGAUGUUUGAGAUCUAGAUUAUAAUUUGUGUUAACAGGGGGAGGCCUCUCCUUUCAUCCCCACUUAAAUCUAAUAUCCUUCAACUUCCUGCUUCUCGCUGACUCAUGCAGGUCGUGCUCUUCUGCGCCGAGGCAUGGUGUGGAUAAUUAAUCUAAUUUUAGUGCCGUAUGAGUAUUCAACUGGACAAGAGGUUCCAGUUAUCACAAAAGGCAGCGAGUCUAAAAAAACAAACACCAUUUUAUUCUGAUUGUUUGUGAUGGAGGUGUGAAAAAUGAGCAUAUUUACACACACGCUUGUGUCCCAGCUGUGAGUCAUAUCCUGUUUUUGUUUAUAUGUUGGAUACAAUCAUCGCAAAGAACGCAACAACACAAACACGCUGAAGGACUGUGACAAAGAGAAAGAAAAAAUAAUUAAACAUGAAUAAGUUUCCAAGGUUUAGUGUGAUAAUGAGCUGAAUGAACACGGACAGAAGCGCAAGCAGAGCUGAGGUGAUUCAGUCGUUAAUUCCUGAAAUCGUUAGUCAAGCAAAAUUACCAAAUAUUUGCAAAUUGAAUGCAGUGAUUCGCUGUUUUGGCUCAUUAAAAUGGACUUCAUUAAACACAGUUUUAAUCACUUUUCUCUUUGACAUUUAAAUAUUUAACAAGAGGAACUCCAGACUUUAAGAGUGGCGCCAAUUAGUGCUUGUAGGAGUAAAACUGUGGAUUUGUAUGUAAUUUAUUUGUCGUUGUAAUUUCACCUUUAUUUAAGCAGGUUAGUCCCGCUGAGAUUUAGAGCUUCUUUCUUAGGGAGACGGGAGCAAAACACAUCAAGCUGCAGACAGACUCAUGAGAAACAAAAGGACAAUUUACCGGCACUACAAAAGAGAAACUGUACAAAAGAGAGCAGAGCAGCAAUGUAGAAAGCUUAAAACAACAACAUUCUGGAGCAUCUGUCUCAAUCUUUUUUGGUUGAGAGUAGGGCUGGGCGGUAAACCGAAAAAAUUCACAGGUACCGAAAUUCACGACAAUAACCGACGUCAUUUUGCCCAUAUUGGUAUAUUUGGUGUCAAAAUAAAUAGAUAAAUAAGUAAAAGUUAGUUUUGAAUGUGUGAAGGUAGGCUAUGGUCUCAUGUCCCUUUAAGAUGGUGUCCUACGUCAGAGACAUGACUCCACCCCGUAACAAAGAGGGAAAGACAGGUGAGGAGAUGGAGGACGGCUUAAAAGUUGUAUUGGCUGAAGUAGACAAAGUUAAUGUGGGAGGGGGUGAGCAGCUUGUGAAGUAGUUAUCGUCCAUUCAUCACUAUCGAGGUGAACUGAUCAAUAUAUUGUGAUAUUGAUUUGAGGCCAUAUUGCCCAGCCCUAUUUGAGAUCUACAAACAUCAAAUGUUGCCAAUUCCAGGUUGAAAUUGCAGGAAAUCCAACAGCCCUUUAUUUCAAUAUUUCUGUGCAAGCUUUCGAGAGCAUAAAAAAGUCCUGAGAGUGCAAUGAAUCCUGCUCAGUACUUUCCUGUGCGAUAUAAACACACAGAUCGUGUGAUAACGGGCCAAAAACUGCCUCAUAAAUUAAGUUGUACUAAAACAUUUGUCUACAGGUCGCCAGAGAUGGCCAAGCGACUCACAAUGAUGAGUAAGAGCUUUAUAAUUGGUGAUAAACCUCAAGGACGCAUGGCAAGCUGUAUCAAUUAUACAUAUACAUGCUUUAUAGGUGACACAUCAAGGGGACAAACAUACAAGGUUGAUGCCAGUUGGAAGAGAGACAGGAAAUGAGCUAAUGUGCCAGCUCUAAUGGCCCUCGGGGGUCCUGCAUGACCAGGUGAACCGCAUCAGCUAAAAACACUCCCCGGGCUUAUGAAACACACUGGCAAAAACAAGGACAGAGAAAGAGAUGUCAUCGAAAAGUUCUCCAUAUACCAGAUUACAUGACAAAUGUCCUCAAGAGUUUGUGAUUGGUGCCUGCUGAGUGGUCACGCUGUGGGCAAAGACGAAUCUUUUACUAAAAAGAUGGUCCAUGACUUCCCUAACAUCAGGACACAGUGAUCCUGCAAUAAUAGACAAUUAAACUAUGACACUCUACAAUAGAUGAGAGGAGUGUCCUGGCCAAGAUUUGCUGCAGUACUUUCCAACAGAGUUAAAGAGACAACUCCAUAAUGUAAACCGGCAGCAGUCAUAAUUUGGAUUUGUACAUUUUUUAAAUGAUUUCUGGCAUCAAACAGGGCUGUACUGCGGUAAGUGUCAUUUAAAAAGAAAAAUGGAAAUAUGGACAAGAGUCAAGACUACAAAGUGUUUUCAAAUAUGAGCUCAGAUAGAUAGCUGAUUAAGAUACCCAUAAAAAAUAUAACCUGGAUCCUAUCAGAACACUUGCAAAUAGGGCUGGGCGAUAAUCCAAAAAUUUACCAAUACUGAAAUUGACGACAAUAACCUACGUCACGGCAAAACACAUCAAACCACAGACACAAACACACAGGGAACCACAGGACGAAUUACAGGCACUGAACCGCACAACAAAAGAUAAACUAGGGCUGGGCGAUAAACUGAAUAUUUACCGAUAACGAAAUUUACGGCACUAACCAACAUCAUUUUGCCCAUGUCAAUAUAUUUGGUGUCAAAAAAAUAAAUAAAUCAAAGUUGGUUUUGGAUGUGGGAGGGGGUGAGCAGCUUGUGGAGUAGUUAUCGCCCAUUUAUCGUUAUCGAGGUGAACUGCUCAAUACAUCGUGAUAUUGAUUUGAGGCCAUAUAGCCCAACCCUACUUACGUAUCAAGAUGUGACUGGAAAUUAUUCAACAUGAGUAAUCCAUCUUAUCCAAAAUAUUCCCUUAUUAUCAUGUUUCUACACAGACCGGCUCAUGUAUUCAGGAUAAGGACUUGUAGGUUUAGAAGAAUCAGGAUUCUCUUUAAACAGAUUACCAGUGUGCACAUAAACAUACUUGUUCUUGAUUUUUCUAACCUCCUUUCUUUGUAUUCAUCUUUUAUUUACACUCCACUGAUGCGUUUUCAAAAAUCCGUGCAGCCUCUCAGAGUAAUCUUUCGGUUGCACCUUCUCCUCUGACUCGUCCUGUCUGGUUAAAGAACACCAACGGGGAGCCUUACACUCAAAUCUAAACUGCUCUCCCGUCUGAGCCGCCGCUGAUGCCGACGGCUUAUAAACACACCGCACUAAUCCUGGUGUCAUUUUCUUCAGACUGUGUGGGAUUACGUAUCUGUCAACACCAUCUUUAAUAAAAGUGCUGCUCUCUCAUUGUCAGCACAGUGACAGAAAGGAUAGUAAUGUCUUCACCUCUGACAAAAGCAGACUUACCAAAGUGUGAGUCCUUCAAGUUUCAGGGACACAAAGUCUUUCAGAUUUCAUGCACACAAAUCAAUGGAACUGAACAUAUCUCUUGUACCACAAAAUACACAGAAAUCACUCAAACUACAUCCUCACAUUUCAGUCCAGACUCGAAAAAGAAUUAAACCUGACUCAUUUAGUUUCCUCAUUGCAACUUCCAUUGUUUACUUUACACUGCAUUACACAGCAGCAUGUGUGCAGCAGCAGCUCAGGCAGGCCAGCAGAUACACAAAGAGCUGAAACAACAACCAACGCAGCAUCAAAUCUGAGAGCCGAGUGACAAGGGCGAACUGACAACUGUGUGAUAGAUGAACAGUAUGAAGUUGAAAAGUAACUGACGGCGAUCGUUCGGAAGUGCAUCGCCUCACGACAGCCUGACAGCUGAAAACUUUCACUCACUUCAGCAUCUUUCACCAAUUUUAGGAAACGGAUUCAAAAUUCGAACAGCAAAGUUCAUUAAAAUGACUCAUCAUGGGUCCAAUCAUGGAAAACGUCUGUAUAUGAGAAGUUAUUUCACCCCUGACUUUUUCAGAUCAGUAUCCUGUGCACACUGACCAUCUACAUAGUCAUCUGAGGCUCGACUGGGUAGAAAUGUUAAAUAUGUUGCAUGCAUUUUAAGCUUAAUCUUUUAAUGGACAGUAAACUUUAUCUUAUGCAAGGACUGCUGACUUGAUUUUCCUCUUUGUGUCAAAAGAUACAAUUCAUAACAAUUUAAAUCUCCUGUAAGUAGCUUCCAGUCUGUGUUGAUUUUGGCGCCCCCUGUGGACAAAAUUAUUCCUCUUUUUUUCUUUUUACUUAUUUCAGCAUUGCGUAUUCACUAGGGGUGGGAAUCACCAGUGGCCCCACGAUACGAUAUUAUCACGAUACUUGGACCACAAUACGAUAUUGCGUUUUUUAACAUUCUGCGAUACAGUGAGUUUUGCGAUUUAUAUCAUUUUUUUCAACUGUUUAGCUAAUUUAGAAUUCGUCUUUCGUUUAUGUUUGUCUUAUUUACUCAUUUUUUUUUUUUUAUUCUUGCAAACUUUAAAUAUAUUUGUUGUACUAACUUUUUCCUGCUCUCUGGUGUCACCUCUGCCAACUUCACUGGACAAACAGUUGAUUUUAUUUUUCUCCAUUAUCAUAGAUUUGACUUCAUAUUAGCAAUUAAUCUGAAAAACCCAUACCUGGUAAAUGAGCCGACGCGGUAUAUCACCAGACAAAAUAUCGCAAUACAAUGCUGUAUCGAUUUUUUCUCCCACCGCUAUUAUUCACAUAAAGUUCGUUUUAUUGCGAAAAAUGAACCUUUGCAAGUGUUUAUUUUGUGCGCUCCUACUCUAGUAAUGAUGAAAUGAUGAUUAAUGGUGCAGCCUAUCCCAGUAGUGAGUUCAGGUCAGGACAGUACACCCACAAAGCUCAGGGAAAGAUGUUGUGUGACAUACAGCUUCUACUUAAGACAACUUUUUAUCUUCUAUCUUGGGAAUAUAACUCAGUUAAGGUGCGAUUGAGCAUCUUUCCAUUCAUAUGUGGGAGUAUCUAAAGUAUCUCGCUCUACAUUGUUUACAAUAAUAAGAAGCAUAAUGUUUAAUCUCCCUAAAUCUCUUCAGAGGAAUGAUCUGUGGCCUCCAUGACUCACUCUGGUUGUGCCCUCUGUGUGCCAAAGCUUGGCGUGGAUAAUUGAUCUAAUUUUAGCACACUGUGUUUGUGUGUGAGAGUGGGACAGAGAGAAGUUCUGGACGGCGUUGUCAUCCUCUCCCAGUGAGCAUGUUCAAGACUGCGUCACUUUGACACACUGUUAUCUCCUUCUCUCUCGCUGUCAGAAUCCCUCGCUCGCCCUCCUCUAUCAGAGACGGCUGAUACACAGUGAUUGUGUAUUCUGAACUGAUAUUUCUACACUGAUACCUGUAAGUACUGAGGCAUCUGCGAUAAUGAAAUUAUCUAAAAUCCAUCUCUCUCUCUUUCUCUCUUUGUCUCUGCAGCAGCGGAUGCGGUGCCGGUACGGAAAGAUGGGGAUCAGGUAAAAUGCUAUUAUCUUUUUCUUUUUUAAUGUCUCACCAUUUCUGCACACCUCAAUCUACUUUACCCAUUUAGCUGAAAGCCUCUCUGUGUGGGCACAAAAGACAGCAGUGCUGAUGUCCUCAGCUCUCCUCUUACAGUCCACAGACAGAGAUGUUGCUGCAUGCCUGUGUCGUUUCUUGUCACCUCAAAUCAACCGAGGUGAGAAAAAAGAAGCGCUGCUACUCACCCAGAACUGCCUCCUGCUGCUAGACGGACAGGCCUCGGCCUCCAGAAAGGUCGUCUGGAUGAAAUCUCUGGAAAAAACAAACAAACAUUGUUCUCAGGGUUUAAGCUUGUGGGUUUGUGGUUGAGCAUUUGAACGUAUAACAUCCAUGUCACAUCUGGACUCCAGUACAUGAAAGUUUAACUAAAUUAGGGUAAAUCCACCACUACACUUUUAAUCAUGAGAACUUUUCAAUUAGUCUGUACAGUAUUGCUGCAAGUAUAUAAAUAUAUAUACACAGACACACACCAGUAGACUUCAUUGAUGUUGAUCUGCCCAGCGGUGCAGACUUUUGCUGCUUUUAGGGUGCAUAUCAUUUAUAUUGUUAGACAUGCCUGUGUGCAUUGUCUAUGAACUCACUCUUGACUUUAUUACAGUGCUUUUUUCACAUUUUAUGAAUCAAAAGACUACAGGCGGCUCUGUAGAGAGAAACGCUCGAGGGACAAAAGAUUUCCUUUUAUGCCUGCUGAUCGCCCUCAAAGAGCUUAAAAAACGUAAUACCUCCAAAAAAAAAACCAUCCUGCUCUGUUCUGUGCUGUGCUUCUGAGGUUUUGGCUCUUCCUAAACUUUUUGAGUCAGAUUUGGGGUCUGAAACGUGACCGUAUUUCAUAAUUUGUCCUUUAAAAUAGAGGAAAGUCAAUUGCUCAUGACAGCUUUGUAGCAUGGCAACAGUGGAGGAGGCUUCUGGAGUGCUGGAGGACGGCUUUAAGAGAUGGCGGGUGAAAUAAGGUGUUUCAGGUGUUUUCAGUUUUCCCACCCCUGUAUGGUUGAACCUGUCAUACACUGAUACAUUUCACUCACAUUGGAAAUAUUCUGUCCGAGUUAUACGACAUCUAACCACCAGAAAAAGAGGCGCUGGACAAGCCUGAAUGUCCCUGCACCACUUAAUUCAGACGAGUUAAUUUAGGGCCCUGAAUCAUGACUGCUUUCCUCCGCUUCGACAGAGAGGAGGUGCUGGGUUUGGAGUUUUUCUCCAGCCUGAGGGCGCCCCUGAUUCGUCCCACAGUCCGUAGUCCAGAUUAAUGAGAGGAUCUAAAUUGGUCGAGGUGCGAAUGGUUCACUGCCUGAAUGUGUCAGCUCAGUGACAGCUUUGCAACCUGUCGAGGGUGCACCCUGUCUCUCAGCCAAUCAAGUCUGAGGCCCCUCUGCACUUGAGCAGGAAAAAUUGAAUAAUGGUUGGGAGGAUUUAUUAUUACUUUUGACCCCUGAAGGGUUGGAGGCUGUGCAGAAAAUGUUCCUGCACUUUUGACUUGAUAUGAAUGUAAAGACCAUCAUAAAAGCUGACAUUUGUGUCUAAUACUUAAUCUAAUGUGUGUUUAUAAAGUCGACUCGCUGUAGUUUCACUUCUGCUGUGGUCUAAAUCGUCUUUCAGAGGCCUUUCAAACCCGACCAGAUGAGUAUCAACACAAACUUUCAAAACAGAGAUAAAGAAAACAAACAGAAGACAGACUAGUUUCAGCCUUCAGAGGCUCAUAUUAGUCAAACCUACGUACGUGUGCUCCUGUGUGUCUGCCCGCGCUCCCGUGACAGGCUGUGCUUGGCUGGGUGUGAAGGUGUGUGUGUAAAGGUGUGUGUGUGUUGAUAGUCUCUUACCAAGGCCACCGAGCUGCUCUCCCCAGGGCUUAGACUAUUACUGAGCCAUGUAUCACUUCUCAGCUGUGGACCCAUGGGAGGGAGAGAAAGAGAGAGAGCGAGAGAGAGAGAGAGAGAGAGAGAGAGAGAGAGAGAGAGAGAGAGAGAGAGAAACGGAGACAUUCAUCUUAUUGUUUUUCCCUCGCUUGCUGCGGUUUUCUUUUAUUUAGUGUCUUUGCUCUUGCAUGAAGGUCAAAUGAGCAGCAGUUAUUUCAGUCAUUGUAUACGCCUGCUGCAGGUAGGAAAUGUCAGCACAUAUAUAAAAAAAAGAAGAAAAAAAAAGCAGCAUCUUUGACUCAGAACCAUGAACCAGCUUUCUUCUUGUUCCCUAUAACUUCCAGAGAAAACAAAACAGUGACGUCUGUUUCUGUAACAUCAUCCAAAACUUCGAAAUACAGCAAAUAUUUUAGAUUUCUGGAUAAGAGCUAACAUUUGGUGACAAUGGGAUCACUUGAGAAUCAUCAAGUAAUCUUGUUUCCUAAGAUGGCUUUUGAGCCGUAAACUUCCACAAACAUGACUCCUCAGCUCAAAUUAGAGACUUAUAAAGAGAAACGGGGAUAGAGCAUGUGGAGAGGGAUUUGACAGAGUGGAACUCUGAAAGCUCAGGGGGGGAUCAGUCGGGCUUAGAAACGGGACGUGUGACAAACAAAACACUUAAGACUUCAAACAAAACAAAUACUGUAGAGCCCGAGCCGGGUAUUCAAACAAGAAACCUUAAAAGGCAACAGGAAAUAGGUGAACAGGAUUAAACCUGUGAUGACAAAACAUGUUACUGUGGAAAUUUAAGAUCAGAGAGAUCUGACAGAUUUCAAAAAGCUCUUUAUUACCUGUUUUUAGUCAGAGAGAAUCGAUUUAAUGCAAUAACUAAGUACCUCUUUAGCCUGGUAAUGAACUUUUUUUUGCCAACCAAUUAGGGCUGAACGGUAUGGCCAAUAAUAAUAAUAUAAUAAUAAUAAUAAUAAUAAUAAUAAUAAUAAUAAUAAUAAUAAUAUGACCAAUCAAUAUCACGAUAUAUUGAGCAGUUCUCCUUGAUAACGAUAAAAGAACGAUAACUACUCCACAAGCUGCUCACCCUCUCCCACAUCUAAUUCAGCCGCCGCUCCAGCCACUACAACUUUGAACCGUCCUCCAUCUCCUCUCCACUUCUCCGACGUAGGACAGUGUCUUAAAGGGACAUGAGACCAUAGCCUACCUACACACAUCUAAAACCAACUUUUAUUCAUUUAUUUUUUGACACUGAAUAUACUGUUAUGGGGAAAAUGAUGUUGGUUAUUGUCAUAAAUUUCAGUAUCUGUACAUUUUCGGUUUAUCGCCCAGCCCUACAUCCAACUACCAUAAACAGAUGAGUGAUAGGGCUGGGCGAUUCAUCAAAUAUUAAUUACAGUCCAGUAGAGCAGCUCCCACUUAAACAUCAUCAUAAUAAACUUAGAGAAACAAAACAAAAGCUGGGAGCGAAACGACUUUGAAGAUCCUACUCUUGUAUCUGGAGCACAUGGUGCAAUAGCAGUGCAAGCUGUCAGGCAGCCGCAAGAGGAGAGAGGAGAGCGGGGAUAGGAGAAGAUGUAUUUAUCUGUGUGUCUGAAAAGCCAAGGGACAGAAUGAGCAAAAAGAAAGCGAGAGAGGCUAUAGUGCCAUGACAACCAUGUGAGAGCAUUUUAUGACCGUAGAGCUAAAAAGCAACUAACAUCAAAGCGAUGGACCAACCAGCUAACAAUGCCGACGCUAGAGCUCCAUGCAUGGUUAAAAACAGACUCUAGAAAAUGAUGAGGUUGUUUUGUUUCGUUUUGCUACAUCAAACAUGCAAAGUGCAAAAGCAGCUUUUAAAAUUGUUCUGACAUUGUUCAUGUUUUUCUAACAUGAGCGUAUCAGAGGUACGGGCUCAUCAGGCUGCACUCACACUGUCACAUUAAGGGCUAUUAACUUAAGUGAGGAAACAUCCCUGUAGCAUUAGAGCUCGGGGAAAGGCACAUUAGGUGAAACAUCAGCCUGUUUGUGGUCCCACUAUUAGUGAGAUCAAUACUGAGUGCUCCUAUCAGAUCUCCUCUGAGGAUGUAUGUCUCCCAAAUUCACACAAGUCCGACUGAAACACAAACAAAUCUGAGUGAGAGGGAGCUGCAGCUAAACACAACACUCAACGUUUCACUAUCAAUCUUUUGUUUUUUCAAAAGAGAAACACAGAUAUUUUCUUCAAGGUGUUUAAAAGACAUCUGUGGUACUUAGUGUCUUUAAUAUUUAUGUUUUAAGACUCAGAGACCACAUUUCAUUUCUAAUACUCCUUCUUUCAGACCAGUCUUUUAGUGUGAACCACUGACUGUACUUAAAUUAGACAACAUGCCUUUAUAACUGCCUGUCAUGAGAUGUGACGUCUUAAAACUACAUCUAUAGGAGCUGACAUGUUGCACUUUGGAGACAAGGCGUGUGCAGAAGCAGCUUGGUUAAUGUUAAAUAUCCCUCAGGUGAAAAGAACAGAUUCUUGUGUUGCUCUGAAGUGGACACUUUAAGCUUUUGACUCUUGUGUUGGUGUUUGUUAUAUUUUCCGAGUCUGUUUCUCCUCUGCUCUGCUAACGCUGCAGGAGCCUCAUUCGUCAACAGAGCUGUCAAUCAAUUGUCUUUGUAGUACUAAAUAACUGGUUAUAACCUAACAAACAUGGAUGUAAAUCUAAUUAUUAUGACAGAAACCAUGUUUGAGAAACAUUUAUGAGAUGUCUUUGUCUCAUCGUUUGACCCGUUUCCCAUCUGUCAACAUGGAGGCGGGGUUUAUGACCCAUAUAAUACAGCCUUUUGACGUCCUCUGCUCAUCUUGUUUACAUUUGCAUGGAUUGAGUUUUCAUGAGAAGAAAAAAAUCGAGAACUUGCAUUUGUGAUGAAAAAUUGAAGCAGAACUAAGACAGAGCUGAAUUUCUUUUAUAUACAGACUUUUCUACCAGCUUUCUGAUGACAAACGUUCAAAGUUUGUACCUGAUUUUAUUAUAAGAAAGUUGAAAAUAACCACAGAUCCAUAUGGUUUUGCACUCAACAUCUACUGCAAAGCAUUCUGGGAGAGGCUCAAACAUCCUCUGACCCUGAGCAGGAUACACAGGUAUAGAAAACAGACUGGUACAUAGAAGGUUUUUGUGACUGUGUAGACUGUUUACUUCAGGAAAAUACUUAGAGGCCAGAUUUUCCAGCAGCAUAAAGAGCCGACCGAACCAGCUGGGCACACAGUUUAACGCUGAGCUGAGAAUGUCAGUUUACUGACAGACUGUCAAUGUUAUCACAGCUGAAUGGAUUUGAGUUUCAGCUCGCACAAUGCCGCUGCGCCUCACUUCGAUUCAGGAAAAUCCACUAUUGAUGAGGCUCCUCUGUGAUAUACUUUACGGACUCCAUUUGAAUUCAGAAUAAGAGCGCAAACACACACACACACACACUGACACACACACUCAUUUCAAAGAUGGUGAUGACUCCCCGUUUUCUGUCCUCGUUUGACCAUGAGAGCUCAACAUUCACACACUGAGGGCUGCUUCUGAAUCCAAAUCCUGCAACCUCUGACGCAGGCAGUGUUAAUAAUUCACACACACAGUCCAAGGACAGAGAUGACACCGGCGUUACUGCUCACCGCUUCUACCGUUAUAAAGCAUCCACGCCUAAACCCCACUCAUUCAGCUUCUCAUCCUUAAAACGAGCCGACCCUAAACUCUGCUGUGUUUGUUUCAUUUUGAAUCAUUUAAAAAGGGCGAAAUAUAGUUUUCUUCUAAAAAUUUACAGCAGUGAAGCAGGAUAACGAUAAAUGAUGAUAAUGGGAUCUGUUACUUGGCUGUAAAGAACAACAUUAGCUGUGUUUUACAUGGGCACAAAUAAUCGGAAUAAAGGCCCGAUCAGAAUAAAAAAGCCUCAUGUAAACAUGUGGAUCGGACGAUUCUGAUCCAAUUCGGCUCAAUUGGAAAGAAAUAUUAUUUCAAACGAGAGGGGUGGUCGAGAGGACUUUUUCUUUUUUUUGGAUAGAUAAAUCUUUAUUCACUUUCAGUAACUGUCCUCAGAUGUUCGGCCUGUUUGCAUGUUUAGUCCUUGGAUGGGUGAUAAGUUAGAUAAUGUUUGAUUAGCUGCUGUUGAUGUCAAAUAGAAACCCAGAACUUCGCAUCAGUCUCACCCUGCUAGGGUUCAAUGUGACAUAAUCAUCAGCUUAUCAUUAAACAUGAAUUUAAAUAAAUUAGAAAGUGAUCUUGGAAUAUUUGUUCAACCUUUUUCCUUUCAUCGAUCGGAGCAACACAAAAAGAGAAGGCCGUGCUGAGAGGAGAUAAUACCAGUUCGGGUUUUUUAAUCGACCUCUAACGUUGUCAUAGAAAGUCUAAGGACAUCGCUGAUUCAGUCUUUCAUAACUGUACAGUGACACUGGGCUGAAACUUUCAUAGCAAAGAGUAAUUUUCUGUAAUUUGCUGUUCCAGACCAAAUGUUUUAUUCUCUGAAUGAUAAGAUAAAAAAGUUAAUUUGUAUUCACUCAAUCUUCUGCUCUAAUGAUGACCAUUUUCAUUAGCUUCUGGUAUUAAAUAAACUGCUGUUAAAUUGGUUCAGUGUAGCCUGUCAGCUCCGUGAGUUAACACUGAUUUGAUUCAUGGUGAAGGUUAAAAUAUCGGUUGUUUAUUGUUGUUUUUAUUCAGGUUAGUCCUCCCAGGUGUGCACAUUAUUUAAUCUGGACGUCUAAUUUCUCACAUCGUCUCUUUCGGUACAGCAGAUCUUAGUUGAAUUAGUGACGGCUGGUUUAUUCACAGCCUCUCUGCUUUAUUGGGGAGGAUUAUUCUCGUUCCUCGUCCACUUUUAAUGGAAAUAAACAUCUCUGACGUUAAUUUUACGACGAGGGAGCAAAGAUACUGCCUGGGGGGACAAGAAAGUAGUUUCAAUUUGCCAACCACCCUCUAUAUUUAAAAUGUUAACUAGAGCAAAAAGGUCUUUGAGCGAGUCAGAUUGAGGUUAACGUUCACUCAUGAAGAUAUUUUUGUUUAAGAGUCAAGCAGCUGCUGAUUAAAUCACAGAUUAAAGAGGCUUAUGUUUUAUUUCCUCUUCUCUGAUUACGUUCUUAUUUUCUUUUUGACAACUUCCAUCCAGUUUGUCCAUUGUCUGCGGCCUUGUUAUUAUUAUAUUAGCAUUUUUAUUUGGUUUGCUGCUUUUUAUGACCUUUGAAGUAACAAUAAUAUGAUAUGAAAAGGCUCCUAGAUUGUUUCGUUGAUUUAAAUUCUUCAAUAUCUAAUCUUUAAUUCCACUUUCUUAGUAACAACAAACACAUCGAAUUGAAUGGUGCUGCAGAAGAUUAGAUUUUUAUGCUAAAAUUCACCCCUUAUUCAUGUGAAGCACACAACUCUGGAGGAGAAAACACUCCGAAUGCUGUUGAUUAAAUCGGAUUCAUGGAUUUGUUGCAGCUGGUGGUAGCAGGUUUCGCUUUCUUGCCAACAAAAAACAACAAAUGAAUCCACUGACUGAAAAGAGAGAGCCUCCCAUGUUCUUUCUCUUCUUUUUGGCAUAAAGUAUCAAAGAUGAGUUGGUUUGGCUGGUCAAAUGUGUUUGUUUUUAUCUACCGCGGCAUUUUAAAGCAGCUGGAAAUACAGCAGGGCACAGAAAGGCUACCUUUUCAGACAGGAUGGGGUAUUUUUUCAUUUCCUUGUUUUGGGAAUAAGGCGUCUUUCUUCAGUGGAGCUUCCUUAAACCUGUCUGAGGUGGUGUAGGUGCACAAUUUACACUCUGAUAAUGUAAUUUUGUUUUAAGCCUUUUUCAAUGGAUGACAAGAGGAUAAUGAAUGCAGCGGUAAUGUAAGAAAAUGAAUAACUUUAUAGUAUCGCUGCCCAUUAACAAUGAAGACAAAGGAAAGUGGAACUUGACUCAUUUUCAGAUCCAAUAACGUCUAAUGGGUCACCCUAUUAUCCCUGUACAGACAAAUAUCUUUGCACGAUAGAUUAUGCACUUUACCCACAGAAAAUCUUGGCGUCUCAAAGUCAAAAUAUGUUUGACCGCUCAAUUAUAUCCUAUAACCUUCAAUUUUUCUGAGCUCCUCUGAAACAGCAGUCACUGCUUUGCCAUGACACGAGACAAAGUUUCUGCAUCUACUUUGACACAAAGUUUAGGGCAUUUCUGUUCACCUUCCGUGCAGUCUGUGAUCUGUGAAGAGUAAAAGGAUGAUAACAAGCUUAAAGUGCCAGAGGAGGGAGUCUCAGGGCACAGCCACGCAGUGUCAGAUGUUAAAAAAAUCAGAAAAAAUCACUCUGACAGCUGUGUGUCUAAAUACUCUGGACGGUUUUUCAAACUGAUCUCCUCUCAUCUCUGUGUUUUUGACAACAUAAUGAACACGCAUGAUGAUUUGAGCGUGUAUGUAUGUGUGUGACUACAUGCUCGCAUAUGAGGGCAAACAAUUAAUGUCAUCCAGGUUCUUGCCGAGGACCACAUUUGCUGUUGCCCUUGGAAACAACUGAAUGGUUACCAUUGGUUACGUAAACAUUCUGAGGUGUAGACGGACAAAGAGGGAUGGAGCAGCUGGUUACACACAAUAUAUAAAAACCACCAACAUAUACGACAUUUUCUAUCGUAACAAAACCUGCUCCUGAUGCCCUCUUUCUACUGACUCUGCUGAUGAAAAUAAAUGAGGUUUUACUGGAUAAUCUUGUGAUUUUUAGUGUCCAGGUUUACAAACACCAACUGCUGAAUGGUUUAGCUAAAAGCAGGAUAUUUAAGAAUACAACUAAAACUCCACGAGGGUCAGACCUCGUUAGAUUAUUUUCAUUUUCAGCUUUACUCUUGAAAUCAAUUACAGACUAAGCUUACUUGUAAUUAAUUCAGGAUAUAAAUCAUGUUUUUCUUUUUAAUAAAGGGAGACGUUUUAAUGACCUUUGAUGAAAACCUGACCUGAAAUCAAAUGUGGAGAUUUAAACGACUACCUGACAUCAGAAUUUAAAUGUUGGAUUACUAUUAUUCAGAAUAGAGGCUUAAAUCUAGUUUCUAUGUCCCGAAAUUCCUCUCCCCUCUUUCAAAUCUCUUUCUUCUCCUCCUGUCUUUUUCUACACCUGUCCUCCCCCACUUCCCCCUUUCCUUCCUCCCUUCUCUCCUUCCCCCAGCAUGGCCGUGCCGAGUUUUCCUGGGAAGGAAUCAAUGUAAGUCUCCUUGUUUUUAAUUUUUUUCACUCCUCUUUUCAUUCCCUCCUGUUUCACUCACCUACUACCUGAGUUUGGUUUUGAGUAUAUAAGUUGACAUCCCACUUGUUUAUCCUUCCCCCCUCUGUCCAUUCUCUUAUCUCCCUCUCUCUCUCUCUCUCAUCCCCUACUUUUACUCCCCCCCCCCCACUAACUCUCUCUCCCAUCGGUCUCUUCUCUGGGCCCUCUGCUAAUCUACUGUCCUGCAAGCUUCAUAUAUACACAGAGUCACAGAUAACAGGCAGUAAUAAGCUUAUCUCCUCCUCGACUGAAGCCUGCGCACAAGUCCCAGUUUUAACUGAAAGCUCUGCACGCUGAAGUGCAAGGGUACUCAGCUGUUUCUGUACUUUCAGCAGAAUUUAUUUGCACAGUGUGAAUUUUGUUGACUCAAGUAUGCUUGAAGGCAAAUCAUCUCACACAAGCACACAUCUGUUUAAAGCAACAGCAGUCUGGAGAAAUGCAGUGUGAACAAAGACCUUGCUGACCUUAAAGGACUUUUGUUGGUCCUGAGAUUUACUUUAAAUUCCGGUACUCCUGGUCUGUUAAUCCAGCCUUACGGACCAGUAGGUGUUAGUUCAGUUGGGUUUGUUAGAACUGGUGGAUUUGGGAGAUUCUGCUAUGUUUUUUUUUACCCAACAAACUCAUGAAUAUUCUGCUUGAUUUACCAGGUAGUGACUGAGUUUGUUUGGCGGUACUGUGCAGAUACCAUGAGCACAGACAAGCAGAUCCUCUUUGCUGAAAAUAUGAACUUGGUUUUGGAAAACGGUGACAUUGCAAAUUGCAGUGACAAAGAUGUUCAAUCAAAAAUUAUGAGCUAGAGAAGGUUAAUCAAUUAAACUAAGUCAUGAUUCAUUUGGUGGGUAAAAAAACAAAAAAACUGUUUUUCAUAACCAAGUGGAGGUGAUUACUGGAAGUGGUGAAUAAACUGGCUAUGAAAAUUGUGUUGAAAUCUCUGCUGGUAACACCCUGAUGAACAGUUAUAAAAAAUAGUUGACUCUAGAAGCACGACUAAAAGGUACAUCACAAUUUUUUUCCAUUUUAAUUAAUCAUAUUUCUGCUACAAGUGCACCUGUAGAAACUUUCACCGCCUUUGUGCUUCUUUGUUAUUGUCGUUGGAUGGUUUUUCACCCGGUGCACGUUGGUAAGACUGCUGUUUUAUACAGUCAUAUUAACACUGAACACAAGACAGUUUAUCAGACGAAAUAACCUCAAGUGUCUGCCCGGGUAAAUUAGUCAUCAGUGACCUGAUGACAUGAAUGUGUCUGUGGAUUUCUGACUAUUAGACGUGUUUUUCCAUGACUUGUUGCACUUUUUUAAGAACAGUUUAUAAGCACAGCAUAAGGAAGAAAAGCUUUUUUGGCCAUGAUGACUAAACAUAGUGACACAUUCUUUCCUCCCACCAGGACAAAGAUCUUUCUUUUUAAAACUAUCACAUAACUAUCAGAGAAAUUAUAACUAAAAUUAGACCAAAGUGUGUUUUUAAUAUCAGCUUAAACAAUUCAUAGAUAUACGGACCAAAUUAUGAAUAAUAUCAAUCGCAAUUUUCUGAAAUCCCAAUUAAACGUUCAGUCCAAAUGAAAACUGAUACAUAAUUUACUGAAGAAUGAAGCAUAAAGGUUGCUUCCAGUCUAUCCUGCUGACAAUGACGUCUUGUUCAGAUUUAGUCUCUUAUAUCAAACUGGUUUGAUUUUUUAGAACCCACUUGUUUGAAACAGGACAACUGUUUGCUCUACAACACUAUCAUAACCACACUGCUGUAUCACUACAGCGUAUGAUGUUUCUGUUACAUGUAAAGAGAGCACACGGCGUGGUCUAACACUCCAAGUGUACAUCACUCAGGGACCAAAAACAAAUCAUUUCAGUUCUCUCAGUGUGGUAAUUAAAGCACUUUAACUCACGUUGCAUCACAUUUAUCACAAAUCCCCUGGUGGGAACACAGUCCACAUGUUUUCCUGCCAUUUCACUCUGUAAUUAGCUGUUGGUAGGACCUCAUUAGAAGGAGCGCUUUGUCUCUAUGUUCAUUUGUUCACUGGUUGGUUUGCCAUGAGCACCGGCGCCAGGAAGUACAGUAGAAAUCACAUAAGCAUGAGCUGUUCAGUGUUUUGAGCAGUAAAUCAGUGUGCUUGGUCUUAAUGAUUUGAAUGUUUAUGACCUGAUCUGCUUCUAUUAGGAGUUAUGAUAAAUCCUCAAAUACUAAUUCAAUUCUGUAAGUACAGGAGAAACAACAGAGUCAAUCUAACCCUCAUAUCACAGAGCUGUCUCAUCACACUGGCAUCUGAAGUUUUAACGACGAUGAUAAACAAACAGCCUGUAGUUUCUUCGUGAAGUUGUAUUUAUUUUAUAGGUAGGAGGGAUAAUCACUAAGGGCAUCUGAGACGGCAAUAAUCUCUGAAAAAGACACUCCAGUCAGUCACUUCUGGGUCAAACUGGUUUCAGAGGAACAGGGGGGCUGAAUGAGAAGAUCAUUAAAACUGGAAACACAAAUUGAAAUAUUUGUCUCUGCUCUGAGGAUGAGUCCUUGGAAAUAAAAGCUACAUUUUCUCAUUUCCUCUCAGCAUAUCCUACUUAAACACACCAGCAUAAUGAAUAAAUUACCUUGGGACUGUUUCCACUACAUACUCAUCUAUUUUUUUCAUGUUCAUUGAAAGUUUGCUAAUGAAUACACCAUAGCCAUCAGUAGUUUUUCAAUUUGUCAAGAUUUUCAUCAUGAUUUUGUGCCACUAUAUAAGCGACUGUGCUAAUGAAAGACUGUCCAUUUAAAAUUCUUUUAUUUCACCACUUGAAAACCUGUUUUCCCUUCAGAAACAGCACUCAUAUGAUUCAUUUUUCAAUCAGUGCUUCCUGUGUGUAAUGUACCAGCUGUUCUAAUAAUUAACCCUCCUUUCUUAUUCCCUUUAUUACAACCAAACUUCUGUUCUUUCAUUUCACUCAAACCAUUUUCUAAAUCUUCAAUCAUCUGCUCUUAUUACCUCAAUUUCUUUGAAUCCAUUUCAUUUGUCUCUCUGGCCUUCAUCUCUUCCUCUUUAUCACCUUAAUUUUUGUUGUUUUACCUGAAAUGCUGCUUUCCCCUCUCUUUUUUUAACCUGAAUAUCCCCCUCUUGCUGUCUCUUGUCCUCACUUCACCCCCUCCCCUCUCUCUUUAGUUGUCCGUGGAGGACACUACUUCCAUUCUGCCUCGUCUCAAGAGGAAACCUGCCAACUCUUAUGGGAUCGGUGCCCUGGCUAAGUCCUCUCUGUCAGGUGUGUCAGGUGUGUGUCUGUGCUGCUAGAUGGUAAAACGCCCCCAUGUUGCUUCCACAUGCUCCACAGAGGGUCAAGAGUGAAGUUGUUGUUGAGGAUUGAAAGGAUGAAAUUCCUUUCCUCUUUUUUCUGAGAGAUAAUUGUUGUUUUCUUUUUGUGGUAUUCGAAUGUUUAUUUUGUGUCAGAGUAGGUAACAUAGCACAACAUAUCGCAAUACAAUACGUUGCAUCGCAAAAUAUGACGUAACGUAAAGUAUAGAAAGUAACUUAACGUAAAGCAACACAGUGUAAAGUAACGCAACAUAAAGUAACGUCACAUAAAGUAACGUCACAUAAAGUAACGCAAUGUGGAGUAAUGCUACGUAAAGUAACAUAGCGUUGAGUAACAAAGUAUGGCAUGAAGUAAUGUGAUGCAACAUCAAUUUGCGACAAGUAACGUAACGAUGUACCUUAUGUAAAGUACAUAAAGUAACGCAACAUUAAGUAACAGCGUAAAGUUACACAAUGUAAAGUAACGCACUGUGAAGUAACGCAAUGUAGAGUAAUGCUACGUAAAGUAACAGCGUUAAGUAACGUAAAGUAUGGCAACAAUAAGUGACAAAGUAACGUGGCAUAAAGUGAUGUGAUGCAACGUCACAUUGGGAUAAGUAAUAUAAAAAUGUACCUAAUGUAAAGUACAUAAUGUAAUGUAACAUAAAGUAACACAGCGUAAAGUUACGGAAUGUAAAGUAAUGUGACGCAUCAUAAAGUAAUGCAACGUAAAGUUACGCAACACUAAGUAUCGUAACAAAGUACUGCUACGUAAAGUAACAGAACGUAAAGUAACGGAACGUAAAGUAAUACUACGUAAAGUGAUACUACGUUAAGUAACAAAGUGUACACUCACGUAAAGUAUGGGGACAUUAAGUGAUGUAAAAUUACAUGGCGUAAAGUAACGUAAAGUUACAAUCUAAAAACAAUGUGCGUGAAUAGGACAAUGGCAUCACCAUUUUCAAUGGCUCAGCAUAUUGCCAGUUCAAUUAAGGACAGAAACAAUUGCGCUUUUAGCGCUCCGAAAUGCAACUUUACUCAAACGUUUUCUAUUAGAAACAUUUCUGAGUUUAUAGCCUCUUAGUCACAAAAUUAAAGGAGUAUAUAAUGUUUGGUCAUUGGCUUCGAGGUUAAGUCAGAUUGUUUGUCAACCAGCAGGUUACUUUUGCCUUUUGAGGCAUGUUAAAACUUGAGGAUACUGUAAGCUUGCAGAAAUAAUUUUAGAAGUUUAGAAAGGCUCUUGAGUUAAAGAGAUUAUCUAGCUUCCAGGGCAGCCCCUCCGGUAAACCUUUCUCGCAGGUUUAAAGCUCUAUGCUUGAUUGUACUUCCACUAUGUUUCUGUGCAACUCAGCGGCCAAACAAUUACACGACAGAGUAAAAAAGAAAAAAAAAAAACAGUAAUUAUCUUUUCAACUUUGCAAUCAAUGCCAGACUUUUGUAAACCAAACCUCAACAGACAACUUCACUCUAGAGCAGGAGGAGAAAGAGGAGCUUGGAACCAACAUGGCCGCCCCUGUGGGUGCCCCUUCCUUUAUCACUCCCUACUUUCCCUUCUUCUUCCAUUGAUAUCAACUGCUGACGUCAAUGACAGACAUAUUUCGCAGAGUCAUUGAUGGAAACCCAAUCAGACCGAUGAUUUCAAAGAAACUAAAGUAAGUAAGAAGACUUACUUUAAAGACUUACUGAAGCAUCUCCACAGGCGUGUUGGGAAAUGUAGAGCACUUGUUAUGUGGCAGUGCUGGUGGCGGUGUGGCCUCACAUUUGUGAAAUAGUGACUCUUUUGUGCAGUGUUGUGACCUUGAGUGGCUGGUGCCUCUUUUUUGUGCUCUCUCUCUCUCUCUCUCUCUCUCUCGUGCUUCGUGCUUCUCACUGUGGUGCUCUGUGCUUUGUAGUGUUUAAGUGUAGCACCUCAGUGUUUGUGAAAAAAAGUGCUUGUUUUUUUAUGUGUCUGGUGCACUUCAAAUCAAUCUGCUGCUGUAAUUUUACAGUGUAAAGCUGUUUUUUGAGCCUUUGAAUAGCAAAGACCCCAACACCCUCCCUCAUCUCUCAUCCCCAUUCUUUCCGUUCCUAUUUCCAUCCCCAAUUAGACUCUGCAGGGAGUGUUUGAUUUUCAAAUGAGAUUGGCUCUCUUUGUCUGAGGGGAAAAACUGUUUCUAUUUAUAGCUCAGCCUGCAACUUGCCCUCUGGACCGGGGGAGCAAUUUCCAAAGCUCUGUCUCUGUUUAUUCAUGCUUGUUUGAUUUUAAUUUAAUUUUUUAUCGAUCAGCCUCUCUAUGAGCAUUUGACUUAGUGUAUUUGUCACUAGUUUGAAUCCUAUAUUUGCAUCUUAAUUGGACGGAGAAUUGCCGGUGGACCCUUCUUAGCGCUCUGUUUACACUCAAGGAUUACUUUUUCCUUGCCUCUCUCAGUCUCUGUAACACGUUUUUAAUUACGCAAAGUCUAAUGAAUCUCAUUUAUUCUGUUUACCAGCAGAUGAGUAAUGGCUUUUAUCAUUAAUAUGGUUUGUCAGCGUUUCAGCUGUCAUCCUCGUCCCUCUCUGUUCAAUACUGAAAACUCAAAGGAGCUCGAAGAAAUCAUUUCUUGUUUUGUACUGUUAGCUUGUCACGUGACAUCUGACCUCUGAACCUGCCAAGAACAGAGGGCUUCAUUUAUGUCAUUAUACAAACAGUAGUUAACUGAGUUUUUUUACACUUUGAGGUUAAUCUGAUCUCUCAGAGACUGGAUUUCAAAGUAAAAGAGGAUUUUAAUUUUUUGUUUUUGUUUUUAAGUAGGACUGAGGAGAGAGUUCAAAAAACUAAAUCUACUGGAAGAUUUAAGCCUAACAAAGAACAACUUAAAGAGGAAAGACCACUUACUGCUGUUAGACUAGACUGCAUGAUGGUUAUCUGACUGAUGCUCUUCAUAGCUCCUGCUAAUCCACAUCAUAAUUAUGUAAAACAGCUAAUAAUGACAUGAUUUGAUAUGAAUCAACAGCGGGUGGUGACUCAGUUUGAUUAUUAACAUGCAACCAGUAAGUGAAUACGUUUUGCAGGGAUGCUGCAGUGACGUCUAUUUAAUAUAACGAGGAUAAAAUUGGAAAGCUGCUGUGGCUUCAAGCUCGGAUGCAUUUGUCUCCAGCGGUUAAUGUUCUUGAGCAAGGCAUUUAGUCCUCAGCUGCUCCAACAGAAGGGCUAAUUCUUCCAGAAGUUUCAAGGAUAUAUAGAGAAGAUGAACAGAUACGUUGGAAAGAUUUACAUCGGCAUGAAAACUGACUUAAAGCAGCAAAUACAUGUUAAAAAUCUUUAUAGACCCCUGACAGAGUUUUAGUCUUACCUCAAUCAGCCCUCCUGUCCUCAUUUUUCACACAGAACUCCCUGUAAUCCCUUUAACCCCAUGGGCAUAAGUAUGCCUCAUAGUUUCAUGAUAUACAAGUUUCUUCCCUCGUCUAAUCUCAUCCUCAUUUCCACCUCAUCCUCCCUAGUCUCCCUCACAUAGAGGAGUCCUCCGCUGCUGAGGCCAGAAGUAGUUUUGACAGUGUUUGUGUGUGUCUGUUGCGUGUGUGAAUGUGUUUCUGUAUGCGCCGCAUGUCUGCCCUCCGGCUCGUCCCCGUACCUGUUGUAGGUGUGACCCGCUCCAUGAAGGACAAAGUUACCAAGCCCACUGCCAUGGCCCAGGGUCGAGUCGCCCAUAUGAUUGAGUGGCAGAGCUGGGGCAAACCAUCUGCAGGGCCUAUGGGGGGUGCGGGACACACCAACCUGCAAAGGGAAAAAGAGAGGAGGAUGGAGAACGACGCUUACAGCGAUCUUAGUGAUGGUGAGAAGGAGGCUCGCUUUGCUGCAGGUGAGGGAUACGAAAAUCUACAGGUGAUAGACUUUUGUCAAAGAGUUUUAGUGCUGGGGGGGCCAAGAUUACUUCUAGAGUUUCCUUUACUAUUGUUGAACUCUUUCCUGGGGGGGAAAACCUUCAGUUAUAAAAUUUCCAUUUGGCUUCUUAAGACAAUAACAUGAUUUUCUGACAAAUUCUACUUUGUCUACUCUGUGUUGGGGUUUAAUACAAGAUCCUGCUGUAAAAGUAAGACCAUAUCAAUCUAUGUCUACAUUUUGUACCUGAACCUGAUACUGAAUGCACCCUAGACUGUGUUUCAGAGAUUCAAAAGGAUGAUAGUGUUAUUUUUAUGCUCCAUUAGUGCUGCUGCAUGUCAGGUGACAUUAUGUUCCCUCUCACUUCUUUACAGGCAUCAUGCAGCAAUUUGCGAUCUCCGAGGCCACUCUGUUCGGCUGGAACUCGAUGGACGGGGAGAGUAUGGGAGCUGGCUCCAACCAGGGCAGCGUCGCUCACCUCAGUGAGGUCAAUCAGGAGAGCAUCACAAGCAGAGGUACCGCAGUUAAAACCAUUCAAGUGCAAAUGAAAAUGGCUGUGUAAGUGGACGAGUUGGUUCACUUCAAGCGGCUUGAAUAAUUGCCUGAAAUCUUUUACCUUGGCAAACGUUGAGACAUUGCAAGUAAUUGCAGGGGGGAGUGAGAAAUAAGUGCAGUAAUUGUACUUUGAAAGCUGCUUUUAUGUAAUAAAAGUAGGCAUACAGACUUUUCUAUACUGAGUCUUUUAAAUCACAUGUAUGAUGGCAAUGUAUUUAUCACGGGUAAAUGCACAGUUUGGGGAAAAUAGGAGUCCCACUAGAGACUCAAACUUGCCAUGUCAGUUAGUCUGCCAACCAGCUGUAAAGGAGUUUUGGAGGACGUGCUCACAGCUGCACACUUCUGCCUUUCAUUGCAACCAGCUACUGUCUCUAAGAAAAAUAAGUGAAAAAUUCAAUAGAGAGGUUUUCUGAAAAACCAGAACACAUACAAAUCAUACAGAGCAUGAGAGUACGUGGAAUAUUUUAACUCAAAUCUUUUUUCAAACAGAGGAUUUAUCCUGAAUGUCGUGGCCGGAAACAGAAAAUAAGUGUUCUGAAUAAACAGGAACGACUGGUGACAAAAAUGUGGUGAUAUAUUUUAGCCAUUUUGCCCUUCCCUGAAAAGAUGACCUGGCAGGGACAGUCAUAGACAUUAUACAAAAAGAUUAAUGAUGUCCUUUAGCAUCCGAUUAUGAUUAUUUUAGUCAGGAGAAAUCUGCACUUGAUCGAUGUUUUUAAUUUUCUAUUUUAGUUCUUGUUUUUGUUUAGUUAAGCAGAGUCCUGUCCCACCCUGAGAGAGCCUGUAGGUUAGCACAAGGACUUCUCCCUGCUCUCAUUAACAACAGCAUGUGGGUUCUGCUCAAUGCUUUAGCUAGCGAACAACACCAAAACACACUCACUCCCUCACUGACAUUUUUAUCCAUCUCUGACCUCUCUUGACUCUCUUUCUACCUACUUGUGGUUUCCUGAACAGACCAGGUGCUGCACCACUCCUCUGCAGAUGUCUGGCCUCACACCUACGUCUCGCAGGGGCUGUACUGCCUGUCGUCCUCGGACGCCUGGGACCCAAUCACCAGCCAGCCCUCAGGUGUGGCCUCACCUGGCGGGGGCUCCUACAUCAUGGCUGCUGGUGGGAAUUGAGGAUUUCCUCAGUUAUGUUAAAAAACUGAUUCCGACUAUUAAAGCGCUUUACGGUCGUUUCAGGUGGCAGCAGUGGAGCAGGGGGCACACCUGGGGAGGGGUACGAGGGGACGGUAGGCAGUUUUAUUCAACAGCAACAGACUCAUCUCGUCCUGCAGCAGCAAACCCAACUCCAGCAGCUCCAACAGCUCCAUCACUUCCAGCAGCAACAGUUUCUGCAGUACCAACAACAGCAGGUCAGAAACUAAAGCUUUUUUUUCUUCAAUGUUUACAUCCCGGAUAUAAAUUUUGAAAACAAUCGAUCAUCGGUUGUUAGUCGAAACUUAUCUAAUAAAACAUUCAAGCCGAAGUGUAAGAUAGUAAAUGCAGGCAUUAAUGGUAAAGCAACACUUUAAACAGAAGCAGCCUCAUGAGGAUAUUGAGUGGGCUUGAAGCGAGAUUUUGGUUAUUAAUAAACCAAAUCAGAUCCUACUUUAUGUGUGAAUUCUUUUUUAAAGCACUGAAUCUAAGGAUUGACGUUUUUCUGAUCACAUGUCAAAGCCACUUCUGGUUUACUUUAGAGAAAAAUGCUAAUUUAAAUUUAAAAGGGAUGAGAAUUCUUUGUUAACAAUACAAGUCACCUUAAAUUAGUUGUAAUGGACAUGAUGGCAACUCUCCAGAUUGUGUUAUCUGCGUCAAAGGAAAAGUACAAGCCAACAAAAUAACAAACAAAAUGUUUCUGCUGUCAAAUAAAGAGAUGUCAUGUCCUGAAAAAUACCAGACCGACCCAAAUAUAAGACAGGUUAUUAUUCUUGGAACACAUCAGAAGUGGGACUGUCUUCUAUUCAAGGCUUAAGGAAUUAAAUGCCAAGACAGUGGACAGCACCACUCUUCUGUAAAGCGACAUCACUCACUGCUACAGUGCCAGGAGGAUGUCAGAUGGAGAGCUAUGGUGACCGGGGCGAAGUGGUACAAAUGUAGGACAAGUUAAAGAGUUAUGAUACUUUUUUUUAAAGAAAAGAAAAACAAAGAGGGCAGCACAGAUGGUACACAACUGUCAAAGAGCCAAGAUAUAGAGUACAGCAGAGUGUAACAUCUGCAAAUAAAGACUUUUUAAGGUGUGCCCAUCACCAGACCUCUCCUCCAUCCCAUUACAGCGUUGAAGUUGUAGAAAACAUUAUUUUAUUCCUGACAAUAAGAUAAUGACUUCCAGCUUUCGGGCUUCUCAGAGGUUUUCUGCAAAGAAGUGAAUCAUACUGCACCAUGGCGUCGAAAAGACACUUCAAGCUUUCUUGACCACUCGAGCAUUAUCACGUCUCAGAGCUCAUUAAAAAAUGGAGGCUUGUAUAAUAACAGAAAAAGGUCAGGGACUGAGUCACAGAAAAGGUGUACUGAUCCCAGACCACAGUAGAAAUGAGCUUGUUAGCUUCACUGGGUGUAUUAUACGGUUCGCCUAGUAUUAGGCACCAUUAAAUAUAUCAAAUUACAUUUAUAAUAAAGCUUUUCAGUCAGUCAGUCAAUUUUCUGAGCAUCGGCCUAUGCUAAAGAGCCUGAGACGUCUCCCUAAUGUUCGCUGCAGCUUCAUCCCCACUCAUAAUUGAGGGGAUAUUUAAAGUGGAAGCAGACUAUUAUUAGAGACCGGGAAAGUGGGGAAAAACAAUCGAAAAAAAUCUGAUCUCCCCGUGUUUGGCGAGGUUUGCCAAAAGCUGGAGGGAUGAAAUUGUCAUAUUUUGGCAUGCUUAGGCUGUGAUGCAGAAACUAAUUAUGGCAUUGUUCUCUGUUCAGAGGGUUAGCAAAUACUGUCAGGAACUGGGGGCUACGGUUUUUGGCAACAUUCAUGUUGUGAAUAAAAACUAAGGCCAUUAAUAACCGACAUACACCCCUCCUUGUUGAAGUGCACCCUUGUUAACUCUCCCUCUCUGUUGUCUCUGAUUACAGUCCAUGGAGCACAGGCCACACAGUGCCUCCCAUUCCCUCCAGGCCACUCCCAACAGCACUAUCCACAGUCUCGGUCCUCCCACCCAUCCUCGUUUAGCCGACCUGUGGGGCGCUGCGCAGGUCGAGGCUCAUCAUGUAGGCACUCGCCUGCUGAAUCCAAAUGGUCAGAUUACAGACUUUGCGGACUAGAUUGAACAGUCUGACAGAUUCAGCGAGAGAAGCUAAGAAAAUUUGUAAGGGCAGAGGGCUGCAUGAGUGUCAUUACAGCCAAGCAAAGCAAAAGCAAGCAAACGGCGAAAGCAUCUAAAUUUAGUCACUGUUAUGAAAAAGUGAGACAACACUGCAAUGACUGCAUGUCUGAUGAUCGAUCAUACUCUCUUGCUUUUGUUGUUUCUCAGGCACGUGUCCUCCAAGGUGAAAAAACGGAUUUUCAUAGUUGAUGUCAAGAUUUUGCACAGGAAGCCUUUAUGGUCUUUUUUUCAUGUUUGGCAUUCAUCCUGGCUAAUCUGUUUCUGUUUCUGGAUCUGGCUUUGUUUAUAUCAGCAGGCACAAUUAGCACACAUCUGUAGUGCAGUGAAUGAUGGGAGAAACUGCCAGGGGGAGUCUGCAAGGUAGGAGACAGGCUGGAAAUCUGCAUGGAGCACUGCCAAAAGUCUGCAUGACAGCCAAGAAUGGACCUGAUGAAUUUUGACAACGGUCAUCCUUAACACCACCCAGUCCUCAGGGUAGCAUGCUAUGAAGUCCGCAAGUUUGCAACUCUAGGCAUUUGGAUUCAGCAUCUGUGUCUGUUGUGCUCGUCUAAGUAUCUGUUUUUUCUCUCUGAUGUCCUGCACAGGCGAACCAAGCUGUGGUUGGGACAGGGGAGCUCAUAUUCUGCUUGUUCAUCCUUCUUCCUGUUUUCUUUGUCUGUUUCUUCCUUUGAAUGAUAUCAGCAACUGAAAUUGAACAGUCAAUGCCUGUGACUAUAUGCCCUUCGAGUUUAAAACCCAGUGCAAAAACGCAACAAGGAAUUAAACCAGCAAAUUGAUCUGGUUUACAGGUGGACAUCAUCGGGCAGCUGAGCGGACAGAUGGCUGAAAUGGUCGGAGGAGUGGUAGAGACGGUUGGAGAGGAGCCAGAGCCCGAGUCUGAAGGGAUACCAGAGCAGCAUGAUGAGGAAGAGGAGGAGCUGACAAAGGUGGGUCUACCUCUGGACCUCUUUGCUUCAAAAAAAUCCUUCCUCCCAGGUCUUUCUUUGAACAAGACAUAGACUGGAGUAGGGCUGGGCAAUAAACCAAAAAUUUACCGAUGCCGAAGUUUACGACAUUUUGCCCAUGUCAAUAUAUUCAGUGUCAAAAGAAUAAAUAAAUAAAAGUUGGUUUUGGAUGUGUGAAGGUAGGCUAUGGUCUCAUGUCCCUUUAAGACACUGUCCUACAUCAGAGACGUGACUCCACCCUGUCCGGUCCGGAAAGACAGGUGAGGAGAUGGAGGACGGUUCAAAAGUUGCAGCGGCGGCUGAAGUAGACAAAGUUAACGUGGGAGGGGGUGAGCAGCUUGUGGAGAAGUUAUCCUCUGUUUAGCGUUAUUGAGGUGAACUGCUUGUGAUAUUGGCUUGAGGCCGUAUCGUCCAGCCCUAGACUGAAGGACAAUGAGGAAAACAUUCAGCAACAAUAACAACAACUGUAAUUAUACUGAAGACAAAUCCUAACCAUGACAAUAUAGAUGCGUAUAAUCUGAACAACAUUUAAAAUGAUUGUGACUGAGGUAUGACUUCACUCAUAUCCCCCAGGCUUUGGUCUAGAGCAGCAUGAUAGGGGCUGAUCUAUAAAAAGCUGGAUCUUUACGAUAAAGAAAGGAUCAGGGUUUAACCAUCGAUGUAUUUUUGCUGAAAAGUCAAACAACAGACAACUGAGAGAAACUGGGUAAUAAUUCCACAAAAGAGAGGCUGAGAAAUAAAGGCUCUGUCCCCCAUUUGAGGAACAGCUUAACUGGGUUCGAUUACAGCUGACACCUGUGAGUCCUCAAAGCUGAUAUAUCACUGCGAUUAGAUUAAGCGAAGACAAUGGGCUUAUCAGUGUCACAAAACUUGAUAACACAAUGAGGACAACAUGUGAACGUUUAGCCUCGUGUUGAGGAAGAACAGAGCUCUUAUCACCUGUUAUACAGCACUGCAUGGAUGUGUUAUAAAAUCCUGAUGAAGAGGACUUGUAUGAUAUUCAAGAUGAGAACGAGAGAAAAGCCCAGAGACUUGAUAGGUGAGCAUAAUCCAGAGAUGCGACUGUUCUGAACACUUCCUGUCUUUGCAGGUAGAAGAGGUUACAUUAACCUUGGAGCCAGAGCCAUCCUCUUUGACCCCAUCCCCUUUGAGGGAGGACGCCUCGUCUACAAGGGGUUCAAGCCCAGGACUGCCAGCACAGACCACUGAAACUGUUGCAGAGAGGACACCGUUCGAAGUCACGACCUGUGUCGUCCAAUUGCUGGAGGAGAAAGAGGAAGAGGCAGGAGAGGGCUCGAUCGUCGUCGUUGCGACCAACUAAUUCAUACAACCAGAGGAAAAAACUGGAAAGAACAUAAAAUGAAUACUCCAAUAAUCAAUCAAGCUAUUCUAUCCCAACCCCGACACCCACCCAACUAUUUACACAAAGAGUCGGAGGAAAAAUGAGAGGACAUUUGUGGGUGUUGGAUGUAAUGUAAAACUAAAUGCCAAGAGGAAAUAAGGCCUAAUAUGUGACAAUGAAUUCAUGACGUUCAAAGCAGGUGAGACUUAAACUGAGUGACUGCUGAAAGAGUCUGUGUGAAGAGUACAUGGAUUCACCAAUAGUCUGGACCAAUGGACCAAAGAACCAAGACCGAGAGCCUCACAUUCAGUGAAUGGAUGUACGUGAUAGAAAAGCAGAGGAGACACAGGGCCUAUUUAAAUAUACAGUGCAAUACAGCAAACGUGGACUCAAUAAGACGGGGGUAACAGUAUUUGCUAAUAAUGUAAGGGGUUGGUUGGGUUUUCCUGAACACCAGAAUUUUGUUUAUUUCCCAUCUAAUCAACUUGGUGAGAGGAGACCAUUUGAUUUGCUCAUUGGUGCAUUUGGAUCUGACUGACAGUUUGUCUGAGUCCUGCUUGAGAUUGUCAUAUGAGGCAAACAUGGUUCAAUUGGAUGCUCAGACGAAGUGAUGGUGCCAAACAUACUUGGAGUCAUUUGCAAACACAUGAUCCGGACACACAACCAAAAGAAAGUGCAUGCUUUUUAACAGUGACCUAGCCCUUACAGUAUAACACAGUAUACAAAGUAAUAAUAUAUCAGACUGCUUUUUAUAAAAACAAGAAAACUCCAUAAACUGAUCUGUAUUAGUAUGAAUGUACGACUGUAUGUAUGUGUGUAUGUAUGUUUGUAUGAAUGUAGCUUUGUUUGUGUGUUAAAUAUAUAUAUUCUGGGAAAAUGACCUCGG